GGCCUGUAUAUGAUUUGCGUUCAUAUGUCUCUGUGGCUGUACCCUAAAGGUUAUUUUCUUGUAGGUACAUACGGCUGUACGGCAGGAAGUUCAGCAAGGAGGACCAUGUGCUGUUCAUCAAGCUGCUGUACGAGCUGAUCACCAUGGACAAGCUGGAGAUCAGCAUGAUGCAAGGCCUCGCCCGGCUACUCAUCAACCUCCUCAAGUAAGACCAUGGCCUACACACACACGGAGAUCAGCAUGAGAACUGGCCCGCCUGCUCAUCAUCCUCCUAAUGGAAGCAACAAACACACACACACCCAUCAAUGAGACCAGUAUGAUGCAAUGCCUCGCCCACCUCAUCAGUCAAUGUCACAUAAUGUCACUCUAAUCAGCCUUUGGUCAUGUACUUCUUGCGGGACUAUUGUUUUCCUCCAAAUAGUGUGAGAAGCUUGAGUGUAUCUCAUGUUUCAGAGUUGAAAUACUCUCCAUAAAUUGAACCCUCCGACCACCUAAUUGUGUGAGAAGCUCUUUGAGGCAAGGGUGACAUGAUAGUUUAAAUGAAGUGUUUUACAUAUUUUAACCCCACCUACUCUAUUUCUAACAGGAAAACAGAGUUGCUGUCGCGUGAGGACCUGGAGUUGCCUUGGAGACCACUGUACGAGCUGCAAGACAGGAUCCUCUACUCAAAGACCGAACACCUGGGCCUCAACUGGUUCCCCAAGUAUGCCCCUCUUCUAUUUUACCACAUAAAGAACUCCACAUAUUGACACAUUGAAACCAACCCACUCAGCUAGGUAAAGUUUGUGUGAAGUCUGUUAUGACAUCAUCAUACACUACAGGGUGACUUCCUGCUUACAGUCAUUAACACAACAACAUAAAAAAUUGUCCACGACUGCCACUAUUGGUUCUUCCCAUUUUAAGCCCUCUAUAAGCAGGAAGGUGGCGGUGCCCCGCUUCACACUAUGAUGUAAUUUCGCUGAGUCUACCUUAAUGUGUUUGUUAUGGAGCUCACUUCUGAAUCUCUAGUGGUGGUAUAAAUUGAUUUAUUGUGAAAUUUAGCUGGCUUUGUGUCAGUUAUUCUGUUGGAGAUUUGUUGGUGCUGCCUACUGCCAUGGUACCGCCUACGGCCAUGGUACGGCCAUGGUACCGCCUACUGCCAUGGUACCGCCUACUGCCAUGGUACUGCCUAAUACAGUUCAACACACAGUUCAUUCAGUUUCCCUUUGCCCUCCUCCUUGUUGCAUCCUUUCAUAAGGCGUCAGCAUGCUUCAGUUCGGCUGGCGGCUAGCCGAAGUUGGCUAGGCGACCCAAACGAGUGUGCUCGCAGACUCCCUUAAGACAUUAGCGUGAAAAAACAGCUUUGGCUUGCCUCAGGAAAAAAAAUGUUGUGCCCGAACAACCAAAAAAAUCUUACCGAAGUCCAAAACGAACAAAAACGUCACAAUGUUAUCAUAAUAUAUGCACAAACUCUUCCAGAAUGUUUCGGCUGGGAAGCAUGCGGAUGCCUUUACAUGCAAAGAUUCUCUGUUAUCCCUGCCUUCUUUUGUGGCCUAGGCUAAUUUCUGAAAGUUGUAAAAUCUGUACCAACACACCCCCAGGUUGCAUAUAGCCAUAGACCCCCCUCCCCUCCCACCCCUUUUCUCCCAGCAAGCAGUGCGAGGUGCUCUUGUAUAGUGCUAUGGGAACAUUGUGUUACAACAAAGCCUUGCUAGCACAUAACAAUGGGCUUUGUCACAAAGGGAAGCAGGUUUAUUGAUGCUUGCUCUCGUUUGUUUUUCAAGAAAAUGAGCAGUGAAAAAAAACAAAUCAGAAAAUGUGCGAUGAUGCUGCGGUACAAAACAAAGUGUUAGAGUUUGAUAGUGGCUUGGCUUUUCAUGUGAAUCUGAAUGUGUUUUAAUGCCUUUGUCUCCUCUCACAUUCAGUUCCCUACGGCCUCGUGCUUCCUCUAAACACGUAAUCAUAAAAUUGUUUCAGAGGUGGUAAGGACAACACUUCUCUUUUGUGAUUUUUUUAUUUAUUUUUUAUUUCAUCCUUUUAUUCAGGCACUCUUUGGUUUUUAUUUGUAUAUGUUGCAUGUUUAAAACCAAAAAGCACACUGGACACCCCCAUGCAGCUUGUUUGACAUAAAAUCAACUACAAAUCAACCUAAAACCAAUAAGCAAUGUUAACAUUUCACUCAUAUUGGAGACUGUCGCACUGCGUCUAACUGGACUCUAUCCCCCUACCCUUUCUUUGUCAAGUCCCAUAUGAUUUGGUGGAUUGACCCACUGAAGGUUUUGCAGCAGUACCCACUAGAGUAGCCUAGCACAUUCUGUUUUUAAACGGCCAUAAUGGAUAACAUUUUCGUGGUGCAAAAGACCGCAGAUUUGUGCAACCAAAAAAAAGUAUCCGUAUAAUGCACAUUGUUGAAGAAAAGUUUCAAAUUUGGCCUAAAUCACGCUACCAGAUAAUAGUGGCGUUUACUGUGUUUCUAUGCACUGAUCUGUGCUCUUUUUGUGCCACAAAUGUUGUCCCAUAUCUGUGAGAGUCAUGCUAAGAGUAGUGAGAAGCUCUUGUAUCAUGUUCACCCCUGGUGUACUGGUAUGACUUGGGGGUGAUUAACACAUGAUGUUUCACCCCAGUAUUCUAAAGGUCAUUGGGUUUGGGGUUCCCCAGGGUUGAGUGUUGGGGACGUUGGUAAUCUGUUCUGGUCAUGCUGCUUUGGAUUUGCUCAGGGUGUGUGAGUGGCUGGAAGGUAGGGGCAUUGAGGGUGUUUGAGCUCAGGUUGUGUGAGUGGCUGGAAGGUAGGGGCAUUGAGGGUGUUUGAGCUCAGGUUGUGUGAGUGGCUGGAAGGUAGGGGCAUUGAGGGUGUUUGAGCUCAGGUUGUGUGAGUGGCUGGAAGGUAGGGGCAUUGAGGGUGUUUGAGCUCAGGGUGUGUGAGGGGAAGGAAGGUAGGGCCAUUGAGGGUGUUUGAGCUCAGGUUGUGUGAGGGGAAGGAAGGUAGGGGCAUUGAGGGUGUUUGAGCUCAACGGCUGGGGUUAUAUUGGUCUCAGUUAAAUCUUUUGACAUUGUUAUGUGACACUGAGUUGAGUGACUAACCUUUUCAAGCUGUUCAUAAUGAUGGUAACGUUCAGAAAUAGGCCCAACCGUAAUCAAACCAAAGCCUGUAACAAACGGAAGAAAAUGGACUGAAUGGGAGGGACUACUUGAAGUUGUCCAAUAAGAAACGCUCAUAUGGGAGGGACUACUUGAAGUUGUCCAAUAAGAAACACUAAUUUCCGUUUUUUCUUUAUGUGCCCUAAUGAGUACAACCAAGAUAUGUUUACUGUGUAGUCAGGCUAGGUGAUAAAACGGCUCAAACAAUAGGCACCCUCGGCCAACUCUCUCCACUGUCAAGGUCAGCGUUCAUUACAAGUAUUAACGGCUAGCCCUACUGUUUACAUAAAGCCUCCAAGACAAUUCCCGUGUAGCAUGGCGCUUACAACACCAGGGUUGUGGGUUCGAUUCCCACGGGGGCUAGUAUGAAAAAGUUAAUAAUAAUAAAGAAUGCACUCACUUAACUGUAAGUCGCUCUGGAUAAGAGCGUCUGCUAAAUGACUAAAAUGUAAUGUGCUUGUGAUGGCUAUUUAACAGUCUGAUGACCUUGAGAUAGAAGCUGUUUUUCAUUCUCUCGGUCCCAGCUUUGAUGCACCUGUACUGACCUCGCCUUCUGGAUGAUAGCGGGGUGAACAGGCAGUGGCUCGGGUGGUUGAUGUCCUUGAUGAUCUUUUUGGCCUUCCUGUGACAUCGGGUGCUGUAUGUGUCUUGGAGGGCGGGUAGUUUGCCCCCGAUAAUGCGUUCGGCAGACCGCACCACCCUCUGGAGAGCCCUGCGGUUGCGGGCGGUGCAGUUGCUGUACCAGGUGGUGAUACAGCCCGACAGGAUGCUCUCAAUUGUGCAUCUGUAAAAGUUUGUGAGGGUUUUAGGUGCCAAGCCAAAUUUCUUCAGCCUCCUGAGGUUGAAGAGGCUCUGUUGAAUGGGUGGACCAUUUCAGUUUGUCGGUGAUGUGUACGCCAAGGAUCUUGAAGCUUUCCACCUUCUCCACUGCGGUCCCGUCGAUGUGGAUAGGGGGGUGCACCCUCUGCUGUUUCCUGAAGUCCAUGAUCAUCUGUUUUGUUGAUGUUGAGUGAGAGGUUAUUUUCCUGGCACCACACUCCCAGAGCCCUCACCUCCUCCCUGUAGGCGGUCUCGUCAUUGUUGGUAAUCAAGCCUACUAUUGUUGUGUCGUCUGCAAACUUGAUGAUUGAGUUGGAGGCGUGCUUGGCCACGCAGUCAUGGGUGAACAGGGAGUACAGGAGGGGGCUGAGCAUGCACCCUUGUGGGGCCCCAGUGUUGAGGAUCAGCGAAGUGGAGAUGUUGUUUCCUACCUUCACCACCUGGGGGCGGCCCAUCAGGAAGUCCAGGACCCAGUUGCACAGGGCGGGGUUCAGACCCAGGGCCUCGAGCUUGAUGAUGAGCUUGGAGGGUACUAUGGUGUUGAAUGCUGAGCUAUAGUCAACAAACAGCAUUCUUACAUAGGUAUUCCUCUUGUCCAGAUUGGAUAGGGCAGUGUGAUGGUGAUUGCAUCGUCUGUGGAUCUAUUGGGGCGGUAAGCAAAUUGAAGUGGGUCUAGGGUGACAGGUAAGGUAGAGGUGAUAUGAUCCUUGACUAGUCUCUCAAAGCACUUUAUGAUGACAGAGGUGAGUGCUACAGGGCGAUAGUCAUUUCGUUCAGUUACCUUUGCUUUCUUGGGUCCAGGAACAAUGGUGGCCAUCUUGAAGCAUGUGGGAACAGCAGACUGGGAAAGGGAGAGAUUGAAUAUGUCCAUAAACACACCAGCCAGCUGGUCUGCACAUGCUCUGAGGACGCGGCUAGGGAUGCCGUCUGGGCCGGCAGCCUUGCGGGGGUUAACAUGCUUAAAUGUCUUAAUCACGUCGGCCACUGAGAAGGAGAGGCCACAGUCCUUGGUAGUGGGCCUCGUCAGUGGCACUGUGUUAUCCUCAAAGCAGGCGAAGAAGGUGUUUAGCUUGUCUGGAAGCGAGACGUCGGUGUCGGCGACGUGGCUGGUUUUCCUUUUGUAGUCCGUGAUUGUCUGUAGACCCUGCCACAUACGUCUCGUGUCUGAGCCGUUGAAUUGCGACUCCACUUUGUCUAUACUGAUGCUUUGCCAGUUGAAUUGCCUUGCGGAGUGAGUAGCUACACUGUUUGUAUUCUGCCAUAUUCCCAGUCACCUUGCCAUGGUUGCAUGCGGUGGUUCGCGCUUUCAGAUUGGCACGAAUGCUGCCAUCUAUCCACGGUUUCUGGUUAGGCUAGGUUUUAAUAGUCACAGUGGGCACAACAUCACCUAUACACUUCCUGGUAAACUCUCUAUCCCCCCUAAUCGCGAUUACUUCUUUCGUCCCUUAGGUCCCUAUCCCGUAUUAUUAGUUGGGCUCUUCCUCUGUUACCCUCUCUUCGAUCGUCAGGGUUAUUUAGGGCUACGUCCAGUUUUUAAUUGUUGUUUUUUUUUGAUUGUUUUUUGGUUUGUAAACUACAUGCGUAGUCUGGGCUUUUUUAUUCCCGACCCCUUGUUUUUUUUUUUUAAUACUACGUCCACCAGCUGCGUCUUGCACCAUCACAAUCACUCCACCUACCUUACACCAUCCCUCUGGCCCUCCGCAGGGCGUACAACUCCUUGCGCAAUACCCCCAUCCCUUUUACACGUCUGUCCUCCCCUUCUACCAGUCUCGCCUUUCCUUCUUUUGACCCCAACAUCCUACUUGACUGCUCGGAACGCUUAACCCCCGGAAAAGAUCACAACCUCCCCCAAGUCCGUCCCCCCCCUCCGCUCUGAAUUUUUAAUAAAACUCUUUAAAACAAAUCCUUAGCACGGGUAUUUCUUGUUUGAGUUUCUGCCUAUAGGAAGGGAGGAGCAAAAUGGAAUCGUGGUCAGAUUUGCCGAAAGGAGGGCGGGAGAGGGCCUUAUAACCAUCCCGGAAGUUCGAAUAGCAAUGGUCGAGGAUUUUGGCAGCGCAAGUACAACAGUCAAUAUGUUGAUAGAACUUCGGCAGCCUAGUCCUCAAAUUUGCUUUGUUAAAAUCCCCGGCUACAAUAAAUGCAGUCUCAGGAUAUGUGGUUUCCAGUUUGCAUAAAGUCCAGUGAAGUUCUUUGAGGGCCGUCUUGGUAUCGGCUUGAGGGGGGAUAUACACGGCCGUGACUAUAACCAAGGAAAAUUCUCUUGGGAGAAUACGGUCGGCAUUUGAUUGUGAGAAAUUCUAGGUCGGGUGAACAAAAGGACUCGAGUUCCUGUAUGUUACUACAAUUACACCAUGAGUCGGUAAUCAUGAAACACACACCUCCGCCCUUCUGCUUCCCGGAGAGAGAUUUAUUCCUGUCUGCGCGAUGAACUGAGAACCCCUCUUGCUGGACCGAUUUCGACAGAAUAUCCCAAGAGAGCCAUGUUUCCGUGAAACAAAGUAUGUUACAGGCCUUGAUGUCUCUCUGGAAAGAAAUCCUUGCCCGGAGUUCGUCGAUCUUGUUCACCAAAGACUGAACAUUAGCGAGUAGUAUACUUGGGAGCGGUGGGUGGUGUGCGCGCCAUCUAAGUCGAACCAGCAGGCCACUCCGAGUCCCUCUUCUCCGCCGGCGAUGUUUUGGGUCAGCCGCUGGAAUCAGUUCAGUUGCCCUGGGGAGAGCAAACAAAGGAUCUGCUUCGGGAAAGUCGUAUUCCUUGUCGUAAUGCUGGUGAGUUACCGCCGCUCUGAUAUCCAAUAGUUUUCCCCUGCUGUAUGUAAUGAUACAAAACACUUUCUGAGCGAAUAAUGUAAAAAAUAAUACAUAAAAAAACAAAAUACUGCAAAGUUUCCUAAGAGCUAGUCGCGAGGCCGCCAUCUUCGUCGGCGCCAGGUUGAACAGUCGAUGACUUCUGUAUGUUUCUGUAGUCCUGUUGUCAUGCUAUGCCAGUUUGUGUGUCCCUGAUUUCCUUGCUGUUUCUAUAUACACACCUGGUCCUCACAUCCCUUACUUUUGAUCAGUGCUUGAGUUGAGCCGGUACAGACACUUGUCUUUCUACUGCUUGAUUACAGACACCUCGUUCAAAAUACUUGCUCUAAAAUAUGAACACUGCUGUAAACUUAAAAUGAGCACCACACCUGAAGUGAGUAACCAAGCCAGCACCUUUGUCAUUACAUUUCAGGCACCGCUUUUGAUGAGCAUGUACUAUACGUGGAAUUUCAAUGAGAGUGAUUUGGCUGUACCUGCAUGCAGUCAGUCAGCCUCAUCCUAAUUGCAUUGGGGUGUUCAGUGUGCUCAUUCUUUCAAAUAACAGAACAAAGAGCAACCGCGGGCGGGGCGGACGGGAGAAAAAAGGAGAGCGCGUAGCGCGAGAGAGGGAGCUGAGAUGAAGAGAGGAGAGAGAGGAGAGAAGAGGAGAGAGGCAGCGAUGAGAGAGAGCAGAGAGAGAGAGAGAGAUCGGAGAGGAGACGAGAGUAGAGGAGUAGAGACGAGGAGCGCGAGAGAGGAGAGAGAGAGGAGAGAGGAGAGAGAGAGAGGAGAAAGGAGAGAGAGAGAGAGAGAGAGAGAGAGAGGAGAGAGAGAGAGAGAGAGAGAGAGAGAGAGAGAUGAGAGAAGAGAGGAUCGGACAGACGAGAGACAUGGAGAGAGAGAGAGAGAAGAAGAGCGAGGAGAGAGAGAGAGAGAGACGAGAGAGAGCGAGAGAGAGCGAGAGAGAGAGAGCGAGAGACGAGAGUGCUAUAUCUCUCUCGAGCGAGAGAGCUCUCUCUCUAUAGAUCUCUAUAGCCUCUCUCGAGAGAUCUCGGAUAGAGAGCAUCUCCUCUGCUCUCUCUCUCUCUAGCUAUCUCCUCUCUCUCUCUCUCUUUCUAUCUCUCUCGCGCCUCUCUCUCUCUUCUCUCUCUCUCUCUCUCUCUCUCUCUCUCUCUCUCUCUCUUCCCCCCCCCCCAAGCUCGGUGGAAAACGUUCUGAAGACACUUGUGAAAAGCUGCAGACCGUAAGUAUAUAUUUUUAAACCCCUAUAUGACAUAUACUGUAUGUGUUUUUUAAUGAAUUCUGUUGCUGAGCUCAUGGUUGCAUUUACUCUUCAGACACUUGUGGUAAACACUAACACAGGAGUAUCAUCUGAAGAGUUAUUGUAUCAUUGUAAGAGGUUGCUUACAACAUGGCCUGUUAUCCAUUUAUUCUUACUUCAGCACUCCUGCCAUUGAAUGAUAUACCUGGAGUAGAGAUGCAAACCAAGGCUCUGAAUUCAAUAAGGGACAUUCUGUGAAACUGAACUGUCAGGAAGAAACUUAGCCUAGGCCUACUGACUGACAAUUUGUCAAAAUGAUGCUAGCUAGUUCCAUCCCUGGAUGCUAAGCAAGAAUAUAUUCUGAUAUACAGUGCUAUGAAAAUGUAUUUGCCCCCUUUCUAAUUUUCUCUACUUUUGCAUAUUUGUGAUACUGAAUGUUAUCAGAUCUUCAACCAAAACCUAACAUUAGAUAAAGGGAAUAUAAGUGAACAAAUAACACAACAAUUACAUAUUUAUUUCAUAAAGUUAUGCAACACCCAAUUCCCCUGUGUGAAAAAGUAAUUGCCCCCUUACUCUCAAUAACUGGUUGUGCCACCUUUAGCUGCAAUGACUCCAACCAAAUGCUUCCUGUAGUUGUUGAUCAGUCUCACGUCGCUGUGGAGGAAUUUUGGCCCACUCUUCCAUGCAGAACUGCUUUAACUCAGUGACGUGUGGGUUUUCAAGCAUGAACUGCUCGUUUCAAGUCCUGCCACAUCUCAAUUGGGAUUAGGUCUGGACUUUGACUAGGCCAUUCCAAAACUUCCAAUUUGUUGCUUUUUAGCAAUUUUCAUGUAGACUUGAUUGUGUGUUUUGGAUCAUUGUCUUGCUGCAUGACCCAGCUGCGCUUCAGCUUCAGCUCACAGACUGAUGGUCUGACAUUCUCCUGUAGAAUUCUCUGAUACAGAGCAGAAUUCAUUGUUCCUUCUAUUAAGGCAAGUCGUCCAGGUCCUGAGGCAGCAAAGCAUCCCCAAACCAUCACACCACCACCACCAUGCUUGACCUUUGGUAUGAUGUUCUUACUGUGGAAUGCAGUGUUUGGUUUUCGCCAGGCAUAAUGGGACCCACCUCGUCCAAAAGGUUGACUCAAGUUUGCCAAAAAGCACCUGGAUGAUCAUCAAGACUCUUGGAAGAACGUUCUAUGGACAGAUGAUUCAAAAGUAUAACUUUUUGGACGACAUGGUUCCAGACUCCAUCACACACUCCUUUCACACCACAGCAAAACUAGCACAUCACUCAUUAGCAGGGCAUUGUAACCGCUAACAGGCUGGGUGGCAGAGUUUUGUGUGUGUGCACAUGUCAAGAAGCUUAUUCACUCAGUUGAGUCCCUGAGUUGCUUGCUACUGUAGCAACUGAGACUUAAUCGUAUUAGCCAAUCUAAUUCUGGCCUGGUAGAGUUUCCUGUUACUGUGAGCAGAAGUAGGGACAGAAAGAGAGGUGGAGGACAGAGGGAGCCCUUUGGGGCCAGGAGUACUCUGCAGCAGAGAUGUAGGGACCGAGGUAGAGGAGAUAGAGAACGCUUUGGUGCCAGGAGUACUCAGCAGCAGAGAAGUAGGGACAGAGAGAGAGAGAGAGUGCUUUGGUGCCAGGAGUACUCAGCAGCAGAGAAGUAGGGACCGAGAGAGAGAGAGUGCUUUGGGGCCAGGAGUACUCAGCAGCAGAGAAGUAGGGACCGAGGGAGAGGUGGAGGAGAGGGAGAGAGAGAGAGCGCUUUGGGGCAAGGAGUACUCAGCAGCAGAGAAGUAGGGACCGAGGGAGAGGUGGAGGAGAGGGAGAGAGAGAGAGCGCUUUGGGGCAAGGAGUACUCAGCAGCAGAGAAGUAGGGACCGAGGGAGAGGUGGAGGAGAGGGAGAGAGAGAGAGCGCUUUGGGGCCAGGAGUACUCAGCAGCAGAGCGGCCUGUUAAGAAGUUUAAUGAAAAUCAAUUGCAACUGCAAAGCUAUGGGAAGGACAUGAGAAGGGAACGGGAUAGUAGUACAUGUUAUUAUUUGGGGUAUUCCGGCUAUUCAAUUGAAUUGGAAUGUGUAGGUAGAAAGAACUGGAGUUGUUGACCUAUAGCUCGUUUUAAGCCCUGCAAAACUGCUCUUCUGCGUUCAAAGUGCUGUUGCUGUUAUGUGUUCACACAACUGCUCAUUAUCUGAUUACAUUAGCUAAACUGAUGCUGUUUUAUAUCAGGAAACUCCAACUUAACUGCCAUUGUUUCAUAUACACAUUUUAUUUGAUGCCAUUGCCAUAUCAGCAAGAAUAGAAAUAAAUACAGGCCUUUAUGAUGGCACAAUAAAUACAGGCCUUUAUUAUGGCACUAUAAACACAGGCCUUUAUGAUGGCACUAUAAAUACAGGCCCUUAUGAUGGUACUAUAAAUACAGGCCUUUAUGAUGGCACUAUAAACACAGGCCUUUAUGAUGGCACUAUAAAUACAGGCCUUUAUGAUGGCACUAUAAAUACAGGCCUUUAUUAUGGCACUAUAAAUACAGGCCUUUAUUAUGGUACUAUAAACACAGGCCUUUAUGAUGGCACGAUAAAUACAGGCCUUUAUGAUGGCACUAUAAAUACAGGCCGUUGUGAUGGCACUAUAAAUACAGGCCCUUAUGAUGGUACUAUAAAUACAGGCCUUUAUGAUGGCACUAUAAACACAGGCCUUUAUGAUGGCACUAUAAAUACAGGCCUUUAUGAUGGCACUAUAAAUACAGGCCUUUAUUAUGGCACUAUAAAUACAGGCCUUUAUUAUGGUACUAUAAACACAGGCCUUUAUGAUGGCACUAUAAAUAAAGGCCUUUAUGAUGGCACUAUAAAUACAGGCCGUUGUGAUGGCACUAUAAAUACAGGCCCUUAUGAUGGUACUAUAAAUACAGGCCGUUGUGAUGGCACUAUAAAUACAGGCCUUUAUGAUGGCACUAUAAAUACAGGCCUUUAUGAUGGCACUAUAAAUACAGACCUUUAUGAUGGCACUAUAAAUACAGGCCUUUAUGAUGGCACUAUAAAUACAGGCCUUUAUGAUGGCACUAUAAAUGCAUAUUAAGAUAUUUUAUUUUAUUCUUUAGGUAUUUCCCGGAGUCGGCCACCCAGGAGAUGUUGGAGGAGUGGCGUCCACUGCUCUGUCCAUUUGAUGUGACCAUGCAGAGAGCUAUAGGAUACUUUGAGCUCUUCCUCCCCACCACCCUUCCCCCAGAGCUGCACCACAAGGGCUUCAAGUGAGAACACACACCUCUGCCAUCUCAUCAUAGGGUUGCAUAAUUACACAAACUCUCCCAAAAUACACAGGUUUUUCAGAAAUCCCAGUCGGAGGAUUCCCUCCCAACUUAUUCCCUUCUGAUUACAGGAACGUUUUCGGAAUAUUUAAACCUUACGACAUCCCAAAACUUGGAUUUAAAUGACCAUUUCAAUGUUACCCCAGCACAAAAUGUUAUUCUCUAAUAAAAGGCCAAAUAUGAACACUGUGUAAAUGCCACAGUUAUGAGAUGUAUUGUGUGUGUGUGCAGUAUGCUUCAGUUAUGAGAUGUGUUGUGUGCGUGUGUGAAGUAUGCUUCAGUUAUGAGAUGUAUUGUGUGUGUGUGAAGUAUGCUUCAGUUAUGAGAUGUAUUGUGUAUGCAGUAUGCUUCAGUUAUGAAAUGUAUUGUGUGUGUGUGUGCAGUAUGCUUCAGUUAUGAGAUGUAUUGUGUGUGUGUGUGUGCAGUAUGCUUCAGUUAUGAGAUGUAUUGUGUGUGUGUGUGUGUGUGCAGUAUGCUUCAGUUAUGAGAUGUAUUGUGUGUGUGCAGUAUGCUUCAGUUAUGAGAUGUAUUGUGUGUGUGUGCAGUAUGCUUCAGUUAUGAGAUGUAUUGUGUGUGUGUGCAGUAUGCUUCAGUAUGUAUGACAGUUUGUUUUAUGAUCACCAGGUUGUGGUUUGAUGAGCUCAUCAGCUUGUGGGUGGCAGUACAGAACCUUCCAGGUUGGGAAGUGGUAAGUUGGACAACAUUCACUUGAUUGACAUACUGAUGUGUGUGUGUGUGGUGGUACUUGCCUGGUUCCAGAUCUGUUUGUGCUGUCUUGACAAGUUGGCAAGACUGCACAAACAGAUCUGGAACCAGGCUAUUGUAGGACAGUUUCCAACAUUCCUAUUGAUAGAGACAGAACUUUUAACUCUUCGCUAGAUAUUCUUCAAUUAAAGUUUUCCUUAUUCAUUUGUUUUUUUUCCCAGCAUCUUGUCAACCUGUUUGCCCGCUUGGCCAACGACAACAUUGGCUACAUUGACUGGGACCCUUAUAUACCCAAGGUAUGGACACUCCUCCAUCAAUAUCAUUUGUCUAGCUGUGCCUAUAGAACCACCCCAUGGGUCUCUUCUAGCAGGUCCCAGGUCACUCCCUACCCCUAUUCCCUUGGCCUUAACACUGAUGUUUACUGAUCUAUAAGGUGUAAGCAAUAUAGAUCUGCAUAACAUUGAAGGGCCAGUUGAAGGGUUAGGGCCAAGGGGAAGGGUUAGGGCCAAGGGGAAGGGCUAGUGCCAAGGGGAAGGGCUAGUGAGCCAGUUGAAGGGUUAGGGCCAAGGGGAAGGGCUAGUGAGCCAGUUGAAGGGUUAGGGCCAAGGGGAAGGGCUAGUGAGCCAGUUGAAGGGGAAGGGCCAAGGGGAAGGGCUAGUGAGCCAGUUGAAGGGUUAGGGCCAAGGGGAAGGGCUAGUGAGCCAGUUGAAGGGUUAGGGCCAAGGGGAAGGGCUAGUGAGCCAGUUGAAGGGGAAGGGCCAAGGGGAAGGGCUAGUGAGCCAGUUGAAGGGUUAGGGCCAAGGGGAAGGGCUAGUGAGCCAGUUGAAGGGUUAGGGCCAAGGGGAAGGGCUAGUGAGCCAGUUGAAGGGGAAGGGCUAGUGAGCCAGUUGAAGGUUUAGGGCCAAGGGGAAGGGCUAGUGAGCCAGUUGAAGGGUUAGGGCCAAGGGGAAGGGCUAGUGAGCCAGUUGAAGGGGAAGGGCCAAGGGGAAGGGCUAGUGAGCCAGUUGAAGGGUUAGGGCCAAGGGGAAUGGCUAGUGAGCCAGUUGAAGGGUUAGGGCCAAGGGGAAGGGCUAGUGCCAAGGGGAAGGGCUAGUGAGCCAGUUGAAGGGUUAGGGCCAAGGGGAAGGGCUAGUGAGCCAGUUGAAGGGGAAGGGCUAGUGAGCCAGUUGAAGGGGAAGGGCUAGUGAGCCAGUUGAAGGGGAAGGGCUAGUGAGCCAGUUGAAGGGUUAGGGCCAAGGGGAAGGGCUAGUGAGCCAGUUGAAGGGUUAGGGCCAAGGAGAAGGGCUAGUGAGCCAGUUGAAGGGGAAGGGCCAAGGGGAAGGGCUAGUGAGCCAGUUGAAGGGUUAGGGCCAAGGGGAAGGGCUAGUGAGCCAGUUGAAGGGUUAGGGCCAAGGGGAAGGGCUAGUGAGCCAGUUGGGAGUGUCAAGUGUUUUUGCAACAUGCUGAAAUCUUACCCCCGGCAUUUGACCUGUGACCUUAGUUGUUGGUGUGCGUGUCAUAGCAGACUAGACCAGACAGUCAUUGAAAGUUCUGCCUGUUAGUGGCACUAACUACUGUAUCACAUUUCCCUGUUGGUCUUACUGGCUUGCGACAUGUCUUUCAGCAUGUUUUGAUAUGUUAUUGGCUAACAUGCCCUGAUCUCAAAUGUGAUGUAAUGAAAUGGAUCCCACAAAAAUAUGAAAUCCUGUGAUCAGAAAAUGUAAUUGGACAAUGCAUUCAAUGACUAGACAAUAAAGUAUUCAUCUUCUUCACAUGGAUUGCUCCUUUUUGAUUCCAGAUCUUCACCAGAGUCCUGCGUAGUCUGAACCUCCCAGUGGGGACCAGUCAGAUGCUGGUUCCCAGAUACCUGACGAACGCCUACGACGUCGCACACGUGGUCCUCUGGGUCUCCGCUUUACUGGUCAGUCACUGUUCACAAUCAGUGUGGCCCAAUCAAUGCUUUUUAUAGCUCUUAUCCAAGUUUAUUUCAAUGUUUUCAUGUAUAAUUGACUGAUGGAAAUGAAGUAAAUCAUUUUUAGAGAGGGAAAAAUACAAUAAUCCAACAAUACUAGAUCACAACACAGUAAAACCCCGAAAUGAGGAUAGUGCUGUUCUGUUGGAGACUGCUGUUCCGGUAGACUUCCAGUCAUUGGGCUAAUGCUAGUUAGCAUUGGCUCGCGAUGGAAUAAUAGUUGUGUUAAUGGAGUAGUACGUUUAGUUUUUCAUGUUGUAAAGCAUCUGUUGUUUCUGUGAUUGCAGGGAGGCCCCAGUAAGCAAGCCCAGGCACAGCUCAGUGGCCUUUUCAACAGCAUCACAUCUUUCUUCCACCCAUCCAACCAUGGGCGAUGGCUGGUGAGUCACUGCAACUCUCACUUCUACAAUGUUUACCCAGACAGGCACCCCAUUCCCCUAACAAACCUUUGGUUGCACUGUCAUACCUGCAUACUCAACCACAGUCAAAGCGACUAGCUCUCUGUCUGUCCCCAAUAAUCUGAACGUGCCCCACAUUCCCCUUCUCCUUGCUCCAGAAGCCCAGGGGUUUGUGUACAUAGCGUUCAUGCAGAAAUAAUGACCAGAUGACACGAAAGAGAGAGGCAGCUGCCAGCAGUGCUAUAAAAGGUCAGCCAUUAUUUCCUAGAAACAUUCCCCCUCCGUCAUCAGACCAGAGCCUCAGGCUGCAAGCUGUCUUCACAGUCAUACACAAUCCUUUAUUUAUGGCAGAGGGACUCAGACCUUGGUUCAAUUACCAUUACAAAUACUUAACCUGGGCUCCAUUGAGCUUGCCUGACGCAAUGGAACCAAUAGAAUAGUCACAAAAAUGCACACCAUGCUCAUCCUGCACUCCAGGCAGGCUAAAGCAAACGCUAAAAGUAUUUGAACUUAGGUCUGGAGGUAGAGUUGUGACACCGUUUCUGGUAAACCCCAGCAACUCGUGAGAUGUUCUCCUGAUUCGUUUUCAGGUGUUAGGUGAAUGGAAACAGACAAUCUCACGCUCUUGUGAUCUGUGUCCAAUAUAAAAGUACCAUGCAUCCUGAGUCGGCUAAAGUAAGCUAGCAAUGUACCUGUAAUGUAAUCAUCAUCACUAUAGUGACGUAGAAAGACACAGGUCUUUUUUAGGAUUAAUAAAAUGCCUUUGGCCAGCCACUGACAUUCCCAACAUCUGUCAUUCUGUCACCCACUUAGGGAACUGGAUCUGGGAUGGAGAUAUUUCAGUCUUUAUUGAGAAUGUGUGGGUUCAACUCACCUGAGAUAAACCUGUGCAAAAUCAAUAAUUGACCUGAAUCUAUACUUAGAAGAGUUUCUGUGCAAGCCAGUCUCUCUAUGCCCCUUAGCUAGCUGUUGGUUUAGGGGUGUGGGGAGGGGGACACAAGGUCCUGCUGUCCUGACAGGGAAUUGGUUCUAAAGCCAUGCUGUCCUGACAGGUUAUUGGUUCUAAGGUCCUGCUCUCCUGACAGGGUAUUGGUUCUAAGGUCCUGCUGUCCUGACAGGUUAUUGGUUCUAAGGUCCUGCUCUCCUGACAGGGUAUUGGUUCUAAGGUCCUGCUGUCCUGACAGGGUAUUGGUUCUAAGGUCCUGCUGUCCUGACAGGGUAUUGGUUCUAAGGUCCUGCUGUCCUGACAGGGUAUUGGUUCUAAGGUCCUGCUCUCCUGACAGGGUAUUGGUUCUAAGGUCCUGCUGUCCUGACAGGGUAUUGGUUCUAAGGUCCUGCUGUCCUGACAGGGUAUUGGUUCUAAGGUCCUGCUGUCCUGACAGGGUAUUGGUUCUAAGGUCCUGCUCUCCUGACAGGGUAUUGGUUCUAAGGUCCUGCUGUCCUGACAGGGUAUUGGUUCUAAGGUCCUGCUGUCCUGACAGGGUAUUGGUUCUAAGGUCCUGCUGUCCUGACAGGGUAUUGGUUCUAAGGUCCUGCUCUCCUGACAGGGUAUUGGUUCUAAGGUCCUGCUGUCCUGACAGGGUAUUGGUUCUAAGGUCCUGCUGUCCUGACAGGGUAUUGGUUCUAAGGUCCUGCUGUCCUGACAGGUUAUUGGUUCUAAGGCCAUGAUGUCCUACAGGUUAUUGGUUCUAAGGCCAUGAUGUGCUGACAUGGUAUUGGUUCUAAGGUCCUGCUGUCCUGACAGGUUAUUGGUUCUAAGGUCCUGCUCUCCUGACAGGGUAUUGGUUCUAAGGUCCUGCUCUCCUGACAGGGUAUUGGUUCUAAGGUCCUGCUGUCCUGACAGGGUAUUGGUUCUAAGGUCCUGCUGUCCUGACAGGGUAUUGGUUCUAAGGUCCUGCUGUCCUGACAGGUUAUUGGUUCUAAGGCCAUGAUGUCCUACAGGUUAUUGGUUCUAAGGCCAUGAUGUGCUGACAGGGUAUUGGUUCUAAGGCCAUGAUGUCCUACAGGUUAUUGGUUCUAAGGCCAUGAUGUGCUGACACGGUAUUGGUUCUAAGGGCAUGAUGUUCUCAAUUUCAGAUUACUUACUGAAAUGAAAUGGAGUUUACCUCAACCCUGGAAGGCACGCUAUCACCACACUGUCUGACACCCCUGUGUCACGUAGCUGUCUGUUUUCAUGUCCUCAUAUCUGCCUCCCGGCCAGCUUCUCUCUAACCCGGUCUCCGUCUCUCUGUCCUCACACCUGUCUCUCUGUCCUCACACCUGUCUCUCUGUCUUCAUGUCCUCACACCUGUCUCUCUGUCUUCAUGUCCCGGUACCUGUCUUCAUGUCCCGAUACCUGUCUCUCUGUCUUAUGUCCUAUACCUGUCUCUCUGUAUCAUGUCCGGUCCUAAUGCAUAGUCCUGUCUCUCUGUCUAUGUCUCCCAUGGUUACCUGUCUCUCUGCUAUGUCUCUGUACCGUCUUUGUCUUCACUCUGUACUCUCUGUCUUCUGUCCUGGUACCUUCUCUCUGCUUUCAUGUCUUGGUACCUGUCUCUUGUCUCAUGUCCUGGUCACUGUCUCCUGUUCAUGUUGCAUCCUGGUACGAUCUGUCUCAGUCGGUACUGUUCUCUGUCGUAUGUCCUGGUACCCGAUCUCUCUGUCUUCAUGUCUGGUACCUGUCUCUGUAUGCAAGUCUGGUACUGUCUCUCUGUUCAUGUCCUGGUACCUGUCUCUCUGUCUCAUCCUGGUACCUGUCUCUCUGUCUUCAUGUCCUGGUACCUGUCUCUGUCUUCAUGUCCUGGUACCUGUCUCUCUGUCUUCAUGUCCUGGUACCUGUCUCUCUGUCUUCAUGUCCUGGUACCUAUCUCUCUGUCUUCAUGUCCUGGUACCUGUCUCUCUGUCUGCAUGUCCUGGUACCUGUCUCUCUGUCUGCAUGUCCUGGUACCUGUCUCUCUGUCUUCAUGUCCUGGUACCUGUCUCUGUCUUCAUGUCCUGGUACCUGUCUCUCUGUCUUCAUGUCCUGGUACCUGUCUCUGUCUUCAUGUCCUGGUACCUGUCUCUCUGUCUUCAUGUCCUGGUACCUGUCUCUGUCUUCAUGUCCUGGUACCUGUCUCUCUGUCUUCAUGUCCUGGUACCUGUCUCUGUCUUCAUGUCCUGGUACCUGUCUCUCUGUCUUCAUGUCCUGGUACCUGUCUCUCUGUCUUCAUGUCCUGGUACCUGUCUCUGUCUUCAUGUCCUGGUACCUGUCUCUCUGUCUUCAUGUCCUGGUACCUGUCUCUGUCUUCAUGUCCUGGUACCUGUCUCUCUGUCCCCAGAUGAAGUUGAUGAAGCUGCUGCAGCGCCUCCCGGCUAGUGUGGUGCGACGGCUCCACCGGGAGCGCUACCGGAAGCCCACGUGGCUCACUCCGGUACCGGACAGCCACAAGUUGACGGAGGCAGACAUCACGGCGUUCGUGGAGAGUAUGAUGCAGCCGGUGCUGCUGGCCAUGUUCAGUAAGACGGGCAGUCUGGACGCUGCUCAGGCCCUGCAGAACCUGGCCCUCAUGAGGCCUGAACUGGUAAUACCACCAGUGCUGGAGAAGUGAGUGAAAUCAAGCUUGUCAGUCAGAAGGGAAUGGGCAGUGUUUCCUCUACCGUUGUGUUAGGGCUGGGCGAUAUAGCCAGAAUAUCAUAUCACAAUAUUUUUCUAAUUUGACUGUAUGGUGGUAUUUUAUGUUUAUAUAUAAUACAAGUUGUAAAUAAUUUGUAUGAGUAGUGAAUGACCCUAGGAUGGCAACAAGUGAAUCCUAAGUGGUUUUAACAGGCUUUCUCCAUGCUGAUGGUUUUCUACCCAACCAAGCUAGGACAAACCUGACAGUAAAGUAGUCCAAUUAGUAGAGCUUUUCAUUUAUUAUAUCGUUAUUGACUGUAUUGUAAAGAUCCAUACCGGCAUGUGGAUCCAUACCGGUAUACGUUAAGAGAGGAUAUGUGGCCCAGCACUAAUUUAUCUCGUCUUCCUCUGUAGAACCUACCCUGCUAUGGAGACCCUGACAGAGCCCCACCAGCUGACUGCCACCCUGAGCUGCAUGAUCGGCGUGGCUCGCAGCCUGGUGUCUGGGGGCCAGCGCUUCCCCGAGGGGCCCACACACAUGCUGCCCCUCCUCAUGAGGGCUCUGCCCGGGGUUGACCCCAACGACUUCAGCAAGUGCAUGGUGGGUAAUAGAGUUCAGAGGAAAUAAGCUCUUGUAGGCCUCCUACACUGGGGUUGCUUGGGUACAGAGAUUGUCAUCAAUUUGGAAGUUGUCUCUGUGUGUCUCUGUGUGUGUCUCUGUGUGUGUGUCUCUGUGUGUGUCUCUGUGUGUGUUUGUUGCAGGUCUAAGUGUGCUCUCCUUCCUUUCUGCAGAUAACAUUCCAAUUCAUUGCUACGUUUGUUACUCUUGUGCCUUUGGUGGACUGUUCCUCUGCUGUUCAUGAAAGGAGCGACCUGACAGAGGUGGAGAGAGAGAUGUGCUCAGCCUCUGCAGAGUUUGAGGACUUUGUUCUUCAGUUCAUGGACAGGUAUGAGAAUGGAGAAGGAAGUCAAUGCAGGACUCAGGUGUGUCUGUGUGCAUGCAGACAUUAUCAGUGGAACAGCAUAGUAGUAAACUGCCUGUGUGUGUGUCUGCGUGUGUGUGUGUGUGGGUCUGCUUCUGCGUGUGUGUGGGUCUGCUUCUGCGUGUGUGUGGGUCUGCUUCUGCGUGUGUGUGGGUCUGCGUGUGUGUGUGUGGGUCUGCUUCUGCGUGUGUGUGUGUGUGUGUGUGGGUCUGCUUCUACGUGUGUGUGUGGAUCUGCGUGUGUGUGGGUCUGCGUGUGUGUGUGUGUGUGGGUCUGCUUCUACGUGUGUGUGGAUCUGCGUGUGUGUGGGUCUGCUUCUGCAUGUGUGUGUGGAUCUGCGUGUGUGUGUGUGUGUGGGUCUGCUUCUGCGUGUGUGUGGAUCUGGGUCUGCGUGUGUGGGUCUGCGUGUGUGUCUGGGUCUGCUUCUGCGUGUGUGUCUGGGUAUGCUUCUGCGUGUGUGGGUCUGCGUGGGUGUGUGUGGGUCUGUGUGUGUGUGGGGUCUGCGUGUGUGUGUGUGGGGUCUGCGUGUGUGUGGGGUCUGCGUGUGUGUGUGUGGGUCUGCGUGUGUGUGGGGUCUGUGGGUCUUUGUGUGGGUCUGCGUGUGGGUGUGUGUGUGUGUCUGUGGGUCUGCGUGUGUGUGGGUCCCUCCAGGUGUUUUGCCCUGAUAGACAGCAGUACUCUGGAGCAGACCAGAGAGGAGACGGAGACAGAGAAGAUGACCCAUCUGGAGAGCCUGGUGGAGCUGGGACUGUCUUCUACCUUCAACACCAUCCUCACACAGUGCUCCAUAGACAUCUUCAAGGUAGGACAACUCACUGUACACCCACGUCUUUCUCACACACACAACUCACUGUACACCCACGUCUUUCUCACACACACAACUCACUGUACACCUGCGUUUUUCACACACACACGUACAUACGUACAUACAUAUGAUUAUGUGAUUGUAUCCUUUGGUUCAUUUGUGUUGUUCAGGUGGCUCUGGAGAAGGUCUUCAACUUUGCCACCACCAACAUCUUUGAGACUCGUGUGGCUGGCAGGAUGGUGGCUGACAUGUGCAGAGCAGCCUCCAAGGUUCACCCAGCACAGUCUCUGAAGCUUUUGGUACCACACUGCUGCAAUGCCAUAAACCAGCUCGCUGUCAGUAAGUGCUCACUAAGCAGGACGUGUGUUCUGGAUGUGUUCUGUUGAAGUGGAGGGCUAUAAAACCAAUCUGGAUGUGGUCUUGAUUUCAGACUGUUGUGGAUUUGAUAUGGAGUGGUUAGAGUUGGGGAGAAGUGGGAAUCAAUGGAUCGUUGUUCUGAGUUGCUUUCUGAGUAUCUCACUCUGUUUCUUGGUUGUUGAUUUCCAGAUGAGGAGGUGUUGAGUGAGGAGGAACUGGAUAAGGAGUUACUAUGGAACCUUCAGCUACUGUCAGAGGUGAGGUCAUCACCCUGCGUCCAUACUGACUGAGACAUUCUCUUGUUCCCUUCACCUGUCAGUAGACUAGACACCAAACAGGAAAACACCUCAAGUUGUCCCAUAAGAAAGCUAAUUUGUUUUCAAACGUUUUCCGUUCUGUGCCUUACUGAACAGAAUGCGCCAAAUACAACAGGUGUAGACAUUACAGUGAAAUGCUUACUUACAAGCCCUUAACCAACAAUGCAGUUUUAAGAAAAAAGUAAAAUAAAAAAGUGUUAAUUAAGAAAUAAAAAAUAAAAUAAAGAGCAGCAGUAAAAAAAAUAGCAGUAGGGAGGCUAUAUACAGGGGGUACCAGUACAGAGUCAAUGUGAAAUAACAGGAGGGAGGCUAUAUACAGGGGGUACCAGUACAGAGUCAAUGUGAAAUAACAGUAGGGAGGCUAUAUACAGGGGGGUACCGGUACAGUCAAUGUGAAAUAACAGUAGGGAGGCUAUAUACAGGGGGGUACCGGUACAGAGUCAAUGUGAAAUAACAGUAGGGAGGCUAUAUACAGGGGGUACCGGUACAGUCAAUGUGAAAUAACAGUAGGGAGGCUAUAUACAGGGGGGUACCGGUACAGUCAAUGUGAAAUAACAGUAGGGAGGCUAUAUACAGGGGGGUACCGGUACAGUCAAUGUGAAAUAACAGUAGGGAGGCUAUAUACAGGGGGGUACCGGUACAGAGUCAAUGUGCAGGGGCACAGGUUAGUCAAGGUAAUUGAGGUCAUAUGUACAUGUGGGUAGAGUUAAAGUGACUAUGCAUAAAUUGUAAACAGAGUACCAGCAGUGUAAAAAAAAAGGGGGUGGGGGUGGCAGUGCAAAUAGUCUGGGUAGCCAUGAUUAGCUGUUCAGGAGUCUUAUGGCUUGGGGGUAGAAGCUGUUGAGAAGCCUUUUGGACCUAGACUUGGCGCUCCGGUACCGUUUGCCGUGUGGUAGCAGAGAGAACAGUCUAUGACUAGGGUGGCUUGAGUCUUUGACAAUUUUUAGGGCCUUCCUCUGACACUGCCUGGUAUAGAGGUCCUGGAUGGUAGGAAGCUUGACCCCAGUGAUGUACUGGGCCGUACGCACUACCCUCUGUAGUGCCUUGCGGUCGGAGGCCGAGCAGUUGCCAUACCAGGCGGUGAUGCAACCAGUCAGGAUGCUCUCGAUGGUGCAGCUGUAUAACUUUUUGAGGAUCUGAGGACCCAUGCCAAAUCUUUUCAGUCUCCUGAGGGACACAGGGGGGGUCUGUAUGUUCUCUCCUAACCCUCCUUCCCUCCUGUUGUCUCCUUGUCCUCCCCAGGUGACUCGUGUGGACGGGGACAAAAUCCUCCCCUACAGUACCCAGCUAGUUCAGAUCCUGCAGCUGACCCUCCAUCUGAAGUGUAAACAGGGCUACACCCUGGCCUGUAACCUGCUGCAUCAUAUCCUGAGGUCUACAGCCCUCAUCUACCCCACAGAGUACUGCAGUGUACCAGGAAGCUUUCAGCAGCCCACACAGGACUACCUGCCCAUCAAGGUACGUACAGGAUUGGAGGUACUAAGGUUGGUGGUAGGGGUAUGUAGAGGUUGGUGGUAGGGGUAAUCUCCAUAUCCUUGGCUUUCAUUGGCUAUAUUGGCGGUUAAAUCUACGUUGAGAGGGGCUGUUUCUAUGGCGCUUAGAGGGAAAGACUCGUACACCAUGAAAACAGGAACAAAUUGUCUUCGGAGGGUGGAUAGUGGAAUUCGGUCUGUUAGCUAUGUAAAUGAAUAUAUAUAUAUAUUUAGUCCUGUUUUGUAUUCUGUGGAUUUCAUUUAGAAAAAUACCAUGUUUUCACUCACGAACCAGCAGCCACUAGUUAGCUUGUCAGUUGACGUUCGAAGUUAGCGCCACGAAGCAGCGCCACAGAUUUCUAUGGAGCAGUGACCACUUGUUGAUCAUGCCUGUGAUUACAUUUCAUUCACUCUAUACAGGCUAGAUUCUCAGAGUAAAUUGUCUAACUUUUGAACCAUAAAUAUGGUAGAGACAUGGGGUUUGGACUUGUUUUUCAGACGCAAUUCUCUAUUGAAUGGACAUGUUUUGUAUAAACCUUGAAUGAAUGAAUUAAUCAUUUUCUAGGUGAACACCCUAAAGUGUGUCAAAGGAACCAGACUAGUAGAGGGGUCCAGGGCAUAACAUGCCAGACAGUUACACAACUCUCCUCUAUUUCUCCCUCUCUGGCUUCCCGCAGCCCUCCCCCUGUCCACUUAGUCAAUGAGAAGGGCCCAUAGUGAUAGAGGGUACACCUCCUAUCUUUGCCCAUAGGAAGUCCCUUUACACGUUGAAAUCCCUCCAUGGUGCCACUCAUGCUAAAACAGGAUUUAGUGGCAAGUGCGCCUUCUAUCCCUCUCUAUGGAAUGGCCUUGAGUGGCAUCAUAUUAUAUCAUCUCAGUAGAGGCAUCAUCUCCUUUUUCCCGAAGUGUGCACUUGUUCACUUCCCUUCAUGGAUUUGAAAGGAAAUAACUGGUAUAUGGAUACUCCCUGAUGCCUAAAUCAAUCCAAUGAUUUUAAAUGUGUAGGGAGUAGUGAAACGAGUGCACACUUCAGGAGGAAGGAGAGAUUAUUGGGACACAGCCCAGGGCAGCUCAAUGGAUCAAAGUUUCUAUGGCACUAGAUGAUAAGGUGUCUUGUCUGUUGUUCUUAGGAUUGGUCUCCAUACUACAAGACAAGCAGGGCUUUGUGUGUGUGUGUGUGUGUGUGGGGGGGGGGUUCUAUGUGUGUGUACGUAUUUAUUUGUGUGCACCUGUGUGUGUGACGUACCGAUUCAGCCUUUAUAUAGCACCAUGUGCUUCCAUCUUUAGGAUUUGCCCCAAGGCCGAGCGUCGAUGACGCGUUGAUGCUGCUCUGGGUUGUUCACAGGUCCUUUAUAGAGAUCCUUGAUGAAAACCUGCUCCAAAAAUUAAUAAAAAAGUUGCAUGGCUGUGAUAGGAGAAAUCUGAGGAUGGAUCUACAACAUUGUAGUUACUCCACAAUACUAACCUAAUUGACAAAGUGAAAAGAAGAAAGCCUGUACAAAAAAACAUGUAUCCUGUUUGCAAUGAGGCACUAAAGUAAAACUGCAAAAAAUGUGGCAUAUCAAUUAACUUUUUGUCCUGAAUACAAAGUGUUAUGUUUGGGGCAAAUCCAACACAUUACUGAGUACCGCUCGUCAUAUUUUCAAGCAUAGUGAUGUCUGCAUCAUGUUAUGGGUAUGGUCGUCUUCGGCAAGGACUAGGGAGUUUUUUGGGGGGAUAAAUAUAAAUGCAAUAAAGCUAAACAUCAAUAGAGCCCAGGCAACAUCCUGGAGGAAAACCUGCUUCAGUCUGUUUUCCAACAGACACUGGGAGACUAAUUCACCCUUCAGCAGGACAAUAACAUAAAACACAAGGCCAAAUAAAUAAAUACUCUGGAGUUGCUUACCAAGACGAUAUUGAAUGUUCCUGAGUGGCCUAGUUACCUUUUUUUACUUAAAUCGGCUUUAAAAUCUUAAAAUGGCUGGCUAGCAAUGAUCAACAACGAACUUGACAGUGCUUGAAUAAUUUUUAAAAGAAUGUGCAAAUAUUGUACAAUCCAGGUGUGCAAAACUCUUAGAUUUACCGAAAAAGACUCACCGCUGUAAUUGCUUCCAAAGUUGAUUCUAGCAUGUAUCGACUCCGGUUGAAUACUUAUUUAAUCAAGAUAUUAUAGUGUUUUAUUUUUCAUUAAUCUUUAAAAAAUGUUAGAAUGUUUAUUUUAGAGUAUUUUGUGUAGGUUGUUGGAAGAAAAUGAAAAAUCCAUUUUAAUCCCAAUUUGUAACACAACAAAAUGUGGAAAAAGUCAAGGGGUGUGAGUACUUUCUGAAGGCACUGUAAGUAUUGUGAUAAUAUCCUAUUGUAAGGUCCCUGGCAAUUAUAUAUAUAUAUAUAUAUAUAUAUAUAUAUAUAUAUAUACACAGUGAGGGAAAUAAAUAUUUGAUCCCCUGCUGAUUUUGUACGUUUGCCCACUGACAAAAAAAUUAUCAGUCUAUAAUUUUAAUGGUAGGUUUAUUUGAACAGUGAGAGACAGAAUAACAACAAAAAAAUCCUGAAAAACACAUGUCAAAAAUGUUAUAAAUUUAUUUGCAUUUUAAUGAGGGAAAUAAGUAUUUGACCCCUCUGCAAAACAUGACUUAGUACUUGGUGGCAAAAUCCUUGUUGGCAAUCACAGAGGUCAGACGUUUCUUGUAGUUGGCCACCAGGUUUGCACACAUCUCAGGAGGGAUUUUGUCCCACUCCUCUUUGCAGAUCUUCUCCAUGUCAUUAAGGUUUCGAGGCUGACGUUUGGCAACUCGAACCUUCAGCUCCCUCCACAGAUUUUCUAUGGGAUUAAGGUCUGGAGACUGGCUAGGCCACUCCAGGACCUUAAUGUGCUUCUUCUUGAGCCACUCCUUUGUUGCCUUGGGCGUGUGUUUUGGGUCAUUGUCAUGCUGGAAUACCCAUCCACGACCCAUUUUCAAUGCCCUGGCUGAGGGAAGGAGGUUCUCACCCAAGAUUUGACGGUACAUGGCCCUGUCCAUCGUCCCUUUUGAUACGGUGAAGUUGUCCUGUCCCCUUAGCAGAAAAACACCCCCAAAGCAUAAUGUUUCCACCUCCAUGUUUGACGGUGGGGAUGGUGUUCUUGGGGUCAUAGGCAUUCCUCCUCCAAACACGACGAGUUGAGUUGAUGCCAAAGAGCUCCAUUUUGGUCUCAUCUGACCACAACCCUUUCACCCAGUUCUCCUCUGAAUCAUUCAGAUGUUCAUUGGCAAACUUUAGACGGGCAUGUAUAUGUGCCUUCUUGAGCAGGGGGACCUUGCGGGCACUGCAGGAUUUCAGUCCUUCACGGCGUAGUGUGUUACCAAUUGUUUUCUUGGUGACCUUUGGUCCCAACUGCCUUAAGAUCAUUGACAAGAUCCUCCCGUGUAGUUCUGGGCUGAUUCCUCACCGUUCUCAUGAUCAUUGCAACUCCACGAGGUGAGAUCUUGCAUGGAGCCCCAGGCCGAGGGAGAUUGACAGUUCUUUUGUGUUUCUUCCAUUUACGAAUAAUCGCACCAACUGUUGUCACCUUCUCACCAAGCUGCUUGGCGUUGGUCUUGUAGCCCAUUCCAGCCUUGUGUAGGUCUACAAUCUUGUCCCUGACAUCCUUGGAGAGCUCUUUGGUCUUGGCCAUGGUGGAUAGUUUGGAAUCUGAUUGAUUGCUUCUGUGGACAGGUGUCUUUUAUACAGGUAACAAGCUGAGAUUAGCAGCACUCCCUUUAAGAAUGUGCUCCUAAUCUCAGCUCGUUACCUGUAUAAAAGACACCUGGGAGCCAGAAAUCUUUCUGAUUGAGAGGGGGUCAAAUACUUAUUUCCCUCAUUCAAAUGCAAAUCAAUUUAUUUUUACAUGUGUUUUUCUGGAUUUCUUUGUUGUUAUUCUGUCUCUCACUGUUCAAAUUAACCUACCAUUAAAAUUAUAGACUGAUCAUUUCUUUGUCAGUGGGCAAACGUACAAAAUCAGCAGGGGAUCAAAUACUUUUUUCCCUCAUUGUAUAUAUUUAUAUAUUAUAUUAUAUUAUUAUAUAUUGAUCUCAACCUUCUCUCCCUGUGUCCAGGACUGGGGUCGUCCGGGGGACCUGUGGAACCUGAACAUCCAGUGGCACGUCCCCAGUGUGGAGGAGACCAGCUUUGUGUUCUACGUUCUAGACCUGAUCCUACAGCCAGAGCUGCUGCGACUGCAGAGAUACGCCCAGGGGGAACAGGACAUGACCAGGUGAGGAGGGACAAACAAACUAACUGUGUGAAGGCAGUAAGAACAGGGGGGAGAGGUUCCUAUUCAUCAGUUAUCAAACAGAAGAAAACGGACUGAAACACGGGAAAGACUUCCUAAACUUGUCCAAUAAGAAACACACAUUUUUGUUUUCAUUUGCGAAACGUUUUGCUACGAUAUGCCCUAAUGAAUAGUUACGACCCAGGGCAUUGCCAGGUGAAUGCACACUAAACAGACCACGACAGGUUAAGUGUGGAGUAGAUGGGUGCAGGUGUAAGGAUAGCAUAACACUGCUCUACACUAAUCCAAUAACAAAGUAGUGCCCGGUUGUCCCAAGUGUGCUAUUGUCUUGCUGACAAGUUUAGGUGGUUUACUCUGUUUCAAACGUUUUCUCCCCACUUAAGACAACCCAGUUCUGCUUUAUCAUGUGUAGUCAGUGUUGUGGACCCUGCAUGUAAUUGUAAUCCCAUCUUUCAGGGAUGACGUCCUACAGAGUUUGUCCAUCAUACAGCACUGCCUUCUGGGAGCAGGAAGCCUGUUGCCCCCGCUGCAAGGAGAGCCCAUCCCUAAACUGUGAGUAGUACACAGUCAAGCUUAAUCAAUCAAAUGUAUUUAUAAAGCCCUUUUUACAUCAAUAAUUGUCAGUGUUUUAACACAGUGUGUUUUAUCUAUAAAACCUCUCUUUCUCCAUCAGGGUUACUAGCAUGGUGAAUCUGGGUGAGACCAACCUCUUCACAGGAAUGUCCUAUGGUGAGUUGUACUAAUGUCCCUCAAAUGAAUGCUUUGGCUCAUAGUCAUUAUUCUGAGGCCUUGGUAACAGACAAAAUAGUCAGAGCCUUCAUAGUUUGCUGUAGCACUCACUUGUUGUGGUGACAGCAGUAACUAUAUGUUGAUUUUCAUUGUUCCAGAGAAAUGUUUGCUUGCAUGUUCUAUAAUGUAAAACCUAAACACUCUCCUCCUCCAGAUGUGUCCAGAGAGAACUACAGAGAUGCUAUCUGUAGAGUGAUGAGGCAGUUGCUACGUGAGUAGUGUCCCCUCCCUCCUUCCUGUCUCUGUAACCACAAUUCAACCCCAGUAGUGUCCCCUCCCUCCUUCCUGUCUCUGUAACCACAAUUCAACCCCAGUAAUGUCCCCUCUCUCCUUCCUGUCUCUGUAACCACAAUUCAACCCCAGUAGUGUCCCCUCUCUCCUUCCUGUCUCUGUAACCACAAUUCAACCCCAGUAGUGUCCCCUCUCUCCUUCCUGUCUCUGUAACCACAAUUCAACCCCAGUAGUGUCCCCUCCCUCCUUCCUGUCUCUGUAACCACAAUUCAACACCAGUAGUGUCCCCUCCCUCCUUCCUGUCUCUGUAACCACAAUUCAACCCCAGUAGUGUCCCCUCCCUCCUUCCUGUCUCUGUAACCACAAUUCAACCCCAGUAGUGUCCCCUCCCUCCUUCCUGUCUCUGUAACCACAAUUCAACACCAGUAGUGUCCCCUCCCUCCUUCCUGUCUCUGUAACCACAAUUCAACCCCAGUAGUGUCCCCUCCCUCCUUCCUGUCUCUGUAACCACAAUUCAACUCCAGUAGUGUCCCCUCCCUCCUUCCUGUCUCUGUAACCACAAUUCAACCCCAGUAGUGUCCCCUCCCUCCUUCCUGUCUCUGUAACCACAAUUCAACCCCAGUAGUGUCCCCUCUCUCCUUCCUGUCUCUGUAACCACAAUUCAACCCCCAGUAGUGUCCCCUCUCUCCUUCCUGUCUCUGUAACCACAAUUCAACCCCAGUAGUGUCCCCUCCCUCCUUCAUGUCUCUGUAACCACAUUCAACCCCAGUAGUGUCCCCUCCCUCCUUCCUGUCUCUGUAACCACAAUUCAACCCCAGUAGUGUCCCCUCCCUCCUUCCUGUCUCUGUAACCACAAUUCAACCCCAGUAGUGUCCCCUCCCUCCUUCCUGUCUCUGUAACCACAAUUCAACACCAGUAGUGUCCCCUCCCUCCUUCCUGUCUCUGUAACCACAAUUCAAACCCCAGUAGUGUCCCCUCCCUCCUUCCUGUCUCUGUAACCACAAUUCAACCCCAGUAGUGUCCCCUCCCUCCUUCCUGUCUCUGUAACCACAAUUCAACCCCAGUAGUGUCCCCUCCCUCCUUCCUGUCUCUGUAACCACAAUUCAACCCCAGUAGUGUCCCCUCCCUCCUUCCUGUCUCUGUAACCACAAUUCAACCCCAGUAGUGUCCCCUCCUUCCUUCCUGUCUCUGUAACCACAAUUCAACCCCAGUAGUGUCCCCUCCCUCCUUCCUGUCUCUGUAACCACAAUUCAACCCCAGUAGUGUCCCCUCCCUCCUUCCUGUCUCUGUAACCACAAUUCAACCCCAGUAGUGUCCCCUCCCUCCUUCCUGGUCUCUGUAACCACAAUUCAACCCCAGUAGUGUCCCCUCCCUCCUUCCUGUCUCUGUAACCACAAUUCAACCCCAGUAGUGUCCCCCUCCCUCCUUCCUGUCUCUGUAACCACAAUUCAACCCCAGUAGUGUCCCCUCCCUCCUUCCUGUCUAUGUAACCACAAUUCAACACCAGUAGUGUCCCCUCCCUCCUUCCUGUCUCUGUAACCACAAUUCAACACCAGUAGUGUCCCCUCCCUCCUUCCUGUCUCUGUAACCACAAUUCAACACCAGUAGUGUCCCCUCUCUCCUUCCUGUCUCUGUAACCACAAUUCAACCCCAGUAGUGUCCCCUCUCUCCUUCCUGUCUCUGUAACCACAAUUCAACCCCAGUAGUGUCCCCUCCCUCAUUCCUGUCUCUGUAACCACAAUUCAACACCAGUAGUGUCCCCUCCCUCCUUCCUGUCUCUGUAACCACAAUUCAACCCCAGUAGUGUCCCCUCCCUCAUUCCUGUCUCUGUAACCACAAUUCAACCCCAGUAGUGUCCCCUCCCUCAUUCCUGUCUCUGUAACCACAAUUCAACCCCAGUAGUGUCCCCUCCCUCAUUCCUGUCUCUGUAACCACAAUUCAACCCCAGUAGUGUCCCCUCCCUCCUUCCUGUCUCUGUAACCACAAUUCAACCCCAGUAGUGUCCCCUCCCUCCUUCCUGUCUCUGUAACCACAAUUCAACCCCAGUAGUGUCCCCUCCCUCCUUCCUGUCUAUGUAACCACAAUUCAACCCCAGUAGUGUCCCCUCCCUCCUUCCUGUCUCUGUAACCACAAUUCAACACCAGUAGUGUCCCCUCCCUCCUUCCUGUCUCUGUAACCACAAUUCAACACCAGUAGUGUCCCCUCCCUCCUUCCUGUCUCUGUAACCACAAUUCAACACCAGUAGUGUCCCUCUCUCCUUCCUGUCUCUGUAACCACAAUUCAACCCCAGUAGUGUCCCCUCCCUCAUUCCUGUCUCUGUAACCACAAUUCAACCCCAGUAGUGUCCCCUCUCUCCUUCCUGUCUCUGUAACCACAAUUCAACCCCAGUAGUGUCCCCUCCCUCAUUCCUGUCUCUGUAACCACAAUUCAACACCAGUAGUGUCCCCUCCCUCCUUCCUGUCUCUGUAACCACAAUUCAACCCCAGUAGUGUCCCCCUCCCUCAUUCCUGUCUCUGUAACCACAAUUCAACCCCAGUAGUGUCCCCUCCCUCAUUCCUGUCUCUGUAACCACAAUUCAACCCCAGUAGUGUCCCCUCCCUCCUUCCUGUCUCUGUAACCACAAUUCAACCCCAGUAGUGUCCCCUCCCUCCUUCCUGUCUCUGUAACCACAAUUCAACCCCAGUAGUGUCCCCUCCCUCCUUCCUGUCUCUGUAACCACAAUUCAACCCCAGUAGUGUCCCCUCCCUCAUUCCUGUCUCUGUAACCACAAUUCAACCCCAGUAGUGUCCCCUCCCUCAUUCCUGUCUCUGUAACCACAAUUCAACCCCAGUACUGUCCCCUCCCUCAUUCCUGUCUCUGUAACCACAAUUCAACCCCAGUACUGUCCCCUCUCUCCCUCUCCAACCACAAACACACUUAACAUUGAACCACAUCCAUCCAAACAACUGUUUUUAUAAGUGACACUUAUCACAUCUACCUGCCAGAUACUAUGUCCUGUCAUCAUCGAAUGUCCAACAGAAACUACUGUAGUGUGUCUUCUGCUCCUCUUCUGCUAUAGUCGGCAUUUCUUCACAUAUCCAGAUCUAACAAUGUAAAGCUAUCCAGAUGUAACUAACAGUGUAAAGCUAUCCAGAUGUAACUAACAGUGUAAAGCUAUCCAGAUGUAACUAACAGUGUAAAGCUAUCCAGAUGUAACUAACAGUGUAAAGCUGUCCAGAUGUAACUAACAGUAGAAAGCUGUCCAGAUGUAACUAACAGUGUAAAGCUGUCCCGAUGUAACUAACAGUAUAAAGCUGUCCAAAUGUAACUAACAGUGUAAAGCUAUCCAGAUGUAACUAACAGUGUAAAGCUAUCCAGAUGUAACUAACAGUGUAAAGCUGUCCAGAUGUAACUAACAGUAGAAAGCUGUCCAGAUGUAACUAACAGUGUAAAGCUGUCCCGAUGUAACUAACCGUAUAAAGCUAUCCAAAUGUAACUAACAGUGUAAAGCUGUCCUAAUGUACAGUACCAGUCAAAAGUUUGGACACACCUACUCAUUCAAGGGUUUUUCUUUAUUUUUACUAUUUUCUACAUUGUAGAAUAAUAGUGAAGACAUCAAAAAAGUGUUAAACAAAUCAAAAUAUAUUUUGUAUUUGAGAUUCUUCAAAUAGCCACCAUUUUCCGUGAUGACAGCUUUGUACACUCUUGGCAUUCUCUCAACCAGCUUCACCUGGAAUGCUUUUCCAACAGUCUUGAAGGAGUUCCCACAUAUGCUUAGCACUUGUUGGCUGCUUUCCUUCACUCUGCCGUCCGACUCAUCCCAAACCAUCUCAAUUGGGUUGAGGGUGGGGGAUUGUGGAGGCCAGGUCGUCUGAUGCAACACUCCAUCACUCUCCUUCUUGGUAAAAUAGCCCUUACACAGCCUGGAGGUGUGUUGGGUCAUUGUCCUGUUGAAAAACAAAUGAUAGUCCCACUAAGCCCAAACCAGAUGGGAUGGCGUAUCGCUGCAGAGUGCUGUGGUAGCCAUGCUGGUUAAGUGUGCCUUGAUUUCUAAAUAUAUCACAGACAGUGUCACCAGCAAAGCACCAUCACACCACCUCCUCCAUGCUUUACGGUGGGAACUACACAUGCGGAGAUCAUCUGUUCACCCACACCGCGUCUCACAAAGACACGGCGGUUGGAACCAAAAAUCUCCAAUUUGGACUCUAGACCAAAGGACACAUUUCCACCCGUUUAAUGUCCAUUGCUCGUGUUUCUUGGCCCAAGCAGGUCUUCUUCUUAUUGGUGUCCUUUAGUAGGGGUUUCUUUGCAGCAAUUCGACCAUGAAGGCCUGAUUCACACAGUCCCCUCUGAACAGUUGAUGUUGAGAUGUCUGUUACUUUAACUCUGUGAAGCAUUUAUUUGGGCUGCAAUUUCUGAGACUGGUAACUGUAAUGAACUUAUCCUCUGCAGCAGAGGUAACUCUGGGUCUUCCAUUCCUGUGGAUGUCCUCAUGAGAGCCAGUUUCAUCAUAGCGCUUGAUGGUUAUUGCGACUGCACUUGAAGAAAUGUUCAAUGUUCUUGAAAUUUUCCGUAUUGACUGACCUUCAUGUCUUUAGUAAUGAUGGACUGUCGUUUCUCUUUGCUUAUUUGAGCUGUUCUUGCCAUAAUAUGGACUUGGUAUUUUACCAAAUAGGGCUAUCUUCUGUAUACCCCCUCUACCUUGUCACAACACAACUGAUUGGCUCAAACGCAUUAAGAAGGGAAGAAAUUCCACAAAUUAACUUUUAAGAAGGCAAGCAUGUUAAUUGAAAUUCAUUCCAGGUGACUAUCUCAUGAAGCUGGUUGAGAGAAUGCCAAGAGUAUGCAAAGCUGUCAUCAAGGCAAAGGGUGGCUAUUUGAAAUAUAAAAUAUAUUUUGAUUUUUUUAACACUAACAGUGUAAAGCUGUCCCGAUGUAACUAACAGUGUAAAGCUGUCCCGAUGUAACUAACAGUGUAAAGCUGUCCCAAUGUAACUAACAGUGUAAAAUCAAAUUUUAUUGGUCACAUACACAUGUUUAGCAGAUGUUAUUGCAGGUGUAGCGAAAUGCUUGUGUUCCUAGCUCCAACAGUGCAGUAGUAUCUAACAAUUCACAACAAUACACAAAUCUAAAAGUAAAAAAAUGGAAUUAGAAAUAUAUAAAUGUCGGAGUGGAAUUGACUAAAUACAGUAGAAUAGAAUACAGUAUAUACAUAUGAGAUGAGUAAAGCAGUAUGUAAACAUUAUUAAAGUGGCCAGUGAUUCCAUGUCUGUCUAUGUAUAUAGGGCAGCAGCCUCUUAAGGUGCAGGGAAGCUGUCCAGAUCAUCUUCCUAUACCUGUAAUGGUUUUUUAAAUAUCUUUGUGUCCACCACCUUAUCACUGUCUUCACAUGAAGAGCUGAUAAACAAAGGCAUCUACAACCACCCCUAAAACCUAUCCAGAUCAUUUCACUUCAUGUCAAUGUAACGGUUUGUUCUGUUUUAUGUCCCCAGGUCACAUUCUGGAGCACUCAGAGGAUGACACCAAGUCUUUAUUCUCCAUCAUCAAGAUCAUCAGUGACCUGCUACACUUCAAAGGCUCCCAAAAACAUGAGUUUGACUCUCGCUGGAAGAGCUUCAACCUGGUCAAGAAGUCCAUGGAGAACAGGGUGAGAGAUCUAGCUAGGACGCCAUACUGGGGCCAUGGUGGAACUUGUGUGAUUGAAUGACCAUCAGCACUCCCAAAUUAAGUUGCAUUUCUCUUGAGUGAAUGAAUGUAGUGUAAAGGUAGUGUAUUACAUAGGGAAUAGAGCCCAAAGGUAGUGUAUUACGUAGGGAAUAGAGCCCAAAGGUAGUGUAUUACGUAGGGAAUAGAGCCCAAAGGUAGUGUAUUACGUAGGGAAUAGAGCCCAAAGGUAGUGUAUUACGUAGGGAAUAGAGCCCAAAGGUAGUGUAUUACAUAGGGAAUAGAGCCCAAAGGUAGUGUAUUACGUAGGGAAUAGAGCCCAAAGGUAGUGUAUUACGUAGGGAAUAGAGCCCAAAGGUAGUGUAUUACAUAGGGAAUAGAGCCCAAAGGUAGUGUAUAACAUAGGGAAUAGAGCCCAAAGGUAGUGUAUUACAUAGGGAAUAGGGUCCAAAGGUAGUGUAUUACAUAGGGAAUAGGGUCCAAAGGUAGUGUAUUACAUAGGGAAUAGGGUCCAAAGGUAGUGUAUUACAUAGGGAAUAGGGUCCAAAGGUAGUGUAUUACAUAGGGAAUAGAGCCCAAAGGUAGUGUAUUACAUAGGGAAUAGAGCCCAAAGGUAGUGUAUUACAUAGGGAAUAGGGUCCAAAUGUAGUGUAUUACAUAGGGAAUAGGGUCCAAAGGUAGUGUAUUACAUAGGGAAUAGUGUCCAAAGGUAGUGUAUUACAUAGGGAAUAGAGCCCAAAGGUAGUGUAUUACAUAGGGAAUAGAGCCCAAAGGUAGUGUAUUACAUAGGGAAUAGAGCCAAAAGGUAGUGUAUUACAUAGGGAAUAGGGUCCAAAGGUAGUGUAUUACAUAGGGAAUAGGGUCCAAAGGUAGUGUAUUACAUAGGGAAUAGAGCCCAAAGGUAGUGUAUUACAUAGGGAAUAGAGCCCAAAGGUAGUGUAUUACAUAGGGAAUAGAGCCCAAAGGUAGUGUAUUACAUAGGGAAUAGGGUCCAAUGGUAGUGUAUUACAUAGGGAAUAGAGCCCAAAGGUAGUGUAUUACAUAGGGAAUAGGGUCCAAAGGUAGUGUAUUACAUAGGGAAUAGGGCCCAGCCUUGGUCUAGAUAGGGGUCACUCAUGUCUCUCCUCCUGUUCCAUCUAAAGCUUCAUGGCAGGAAGCAGCACAUCAGAGCCCUUCUGAUCGACAGAGUUAUGCUACAGCACGAGGUAGGACCUCUGUCUCUGUUUCUCUGUCUCUAUCUGUGUGCUGUCCAUUCUCUAGUGUGCUGCUGUCUUGGAAGAAUCUGUCAGUUUAUAUUACCCCUGGUAGUAACCUAGCUGCUGUUUAACUGUCAUGUGUUUUGUGUUGUCCAGCUUCGUAAGCUAACAGUGGAAGGGUGUGAGUACAGGAGUAUCCACCAGGAACUGAUGAAGGAUCUGCUGAGGCUAUCCACCAGCACCUACAGUCAGGUUAGCCCACUUCACUACCGCACACGUUUUAGAGUUCACUACCACACACAUUUGUUUUAGUAGCUCCAGUAGGUAAAUAAACCAUUACUGUGGUGAACGAGACGUUGGUAGAGCAUGGCUCUUCCCGGGAUUAAAGCAUCUGCUAAAUGGCAUAUGUAAAAUCAUAUAUUGUUACUCAAAACACAUUGGAGGAGAAUUUUAUGUCUGGACAGUGGAUCUUCUCUGAUGUGUGGCGAGGAGAGAGGAUGCAAGGAAUCAAGGAAAAUGUAUUAAGAAAGUGUCUCUCCCCCCCAUGUGUGUUCCUCCAGGUGCGUAGCCGGGCUCAGAGUGUGCUGUUCACGGCUCUGAGGACCUAUAACUUCUGCUGCAGGGACGUGAUCCCCCGCGUGCUGGAGUUCCUGGAGCCAGACCGCUCCGACGUCACACAACAGCAGUUCAAAGUAGGACUGUCUCUCUCUGUCCUGUCCUGUCUCUGUCCUGUCUCGCUCUCUGUCUCACUCUCUGUCCUGUCUCGUUCUCUGCCCUGUCUCGUUCUCUGCCCUGUCUCGCUCUGUCUCACUCUCUGUACUGUCUCACUCUCUGUCCUGUCUCGCUCUCUGCCCUGUCUCGCUCUCUGCCCUGUCUCACUCUCUGUCCUGUCUCGCUCUCUGCCCUGUCUCGCUCUCUGCCCUGUCUCGCUCUCUGCCCUGUCUCGCUCUCUGCCCUGUCUCGCUCUCUGCCCUGUCUCGCUCUCUGUCCUGUCUCGCUCUCUGUCCUGUCUCACUCUCUGUCCUGUCUCACCACAACUAUUUUAUCUUGUCCACACACACACGGUCAAGGCUGGUUAUUGCAAAUUGAUUGAUCAAUUCAUUGAUUAAUUAAUUGAUCAAUCGAUUGAUUGAAUCAUUCAUUGAUCAAUCGGCUGACUAAAUGACUGUUUGACUGACUGAUAGGAUGUACACUGAACAGAAAUAUGAACGCAAAAAAAAAAAAAAAAAUGUAAAGUGUUGGUCCCAUGUUUCAUGAGCUGAAAUAAAAAUCCCAGAAAUGUUCCAUAUGCACAAAAAGCUAAUUUCUUUAAAAUGUUGUGCACAAAUUUGUUUACAUCCCUGUUAGUGAGCAUUUCUCCUUCGCCAAGAUAAACCAUCCACCUGACAGGUGUGGCAUAUCAAGAAGCUGAUUAAACAGCAUGAUUAUUACACAGGUGCAGCGUGUACUGGGGACAAUAAAAGGCCACUCUAAAAUGUGCAGUUUUGUCACACAACACAAUGCCACAGAUGUCUCAAGUUUUGAGGGAGCGUGCAAUUGGCAUGCUGACUGCAGGAAUGUCCACCAGAACUGUUGCCAGAGAAUUGAAUGUUAACUGCAUUUUAUCGAUGGCAAUUUGAAUGCACAGAAAUACCCUGACGAGAUCCUGAGGCCCAUUGUGAGGCCAAUUUUUUUUUACGAUGUCUGUGACCAACCGAUGCAUAUGUAUAUUCGCAGUCAUGUGAAAUCCAUAGAUUAGCGCCUAAUGAAUUUAUUUCAAUUGACUGAUUUUCCUUAUAUGAACUGUAACUCAGUAAAAUCUUUGAAUAUGUUGCAUUUAUAUUUUUGUUCAGUAUAAAUGGAGAAAAUUGAAUAUAACUGAGCCUUAUAUAUACUUAUAUAUACAUCCUUAUAUUCUCCAUCCUUCAUUGUCUUCCUCAUCCUUCCUCACCCCUCUCCUCUCUUCUAUCCUCUCUCCUCUUCUCUCUCCUCUCUCUUCUCUCCUCUCUCCUCUUCUCUCUCCUCUCUCUUCUCUCCUCUUCUCUCUCCUCUCUCCUCUCUCUUCUCUCUCCUCUCUCUCCUCUCUCCUCUCUCGCUCUUCUCUUCUCUCUCUCUCCUCUCUCCUCUCUCUCCUCUCUUCUUUCUUCCUCUCUCUCUAGGGUGCGUUGUACUGUCUCUUGGGGAACCACAGUGGGGUGUGCCUGGCCAACCUGCAUGACUGGGACUGCAUCACCCUGACCUGGCCUGCCAUCGUCCGCUCAGGCCUCAGCUCAGCUAUGUCCCUGGAGAAGCCCUCCAUCGUCCGGCUGUUCGACGACCUCGCUGACAAGGUCCAUCGCCAGUACGAGACCAUCGGCAUCGACUUCGCGGUAAGACACCCUUCCGGCCUUUCCACUGGUCGAAAUGAUCAUUGCAACCAUCUGGGUUUUAAUGACAUCAACUUGAUCUGAUUGUAAACUGAAAGAAAUUAAACUCAAUAUUGGGAAGGUGUUCCUAAUGUUUGGUAUAUUCGGUGCCGUGCUGCAGCUCCAGACCUCUGGCUGCCCAAGGACCUAGUCCUAUAUAACAUAUAUAAUAAUAUAUGAUUAAACUAACUCUAAACUCUAAUGUAGAUCCCAUCAGAGUGCCGUGCAGUGGCAGUGCAGCUCCAGACCUCUGGCGUUCCUCUGCCCCCGGAACCUGUCCCCUCAGACCAAGAAGAAGCAGAGGGCAUCAGGAAGCAGGGGGAGAAGAACCUAGACUCUGAGCAGUGAGUACAUAUCUUAUGUUUUAUAUGGGAACAGUAUGAUCCUAGACUCUGGACAGUGAGUACAUAUCUAUGAUUUAUAUAGGAACAGUAUGAUCCUAGACUCUGGACAGUGAGUAUAUAUAUAUAUAUAUAUAUAUAUAUAUGUGUUUUAUUUGGGAACAGUAUGAUCCUAGACUCUGGACAGUGCGUUCAUAUCUAUGUUUUAUAUCGGAACAGUAAGAACCUAGACUCUGGAUAGUGAGUUUAUACAGUGGGGGAAAAAAGUAUUUAGUCAGCCACCAAUUGUGCAAGUUCUCCCACUUAAAAAGAUGAGAGGCCCGUAAGUUUCAUCAUAGGUACAUGUCAACUAUGACAGACAAAAUGAGGAAAAAAAUUCCAGAAAAUCACAUUGUAGGAUUUUUUAUGAAUUUAUUUGCAAAUUAUGUUGGAAAAUAAGUAUUUGGUCAAUAACAAAAGUUUCUCAAUACUUUGUUAUAUACCCUAUGUUGGCAAUGACACAGGUCAAACGUUUUCUGUAAGUCUUCACAAGGUUUUCACACACUGUUGCUGGUAUUUUGGCCCAUUCCUCCAUGCAGAUCUCCUCUAGAGCAGUGAUGUUUUGGGGCUGUCGCUGGGCAACACGGACUUUCAACUCCCUCCAAAGAUUUUCUAUGGGGUUGAGAUCUGGAGACUGGCUAGGCCACUCCAGGACCUUGAAAUGCUUCUUAUGAAGCCACUCCUUCGUUGCCCGGGCGGUGUGUUUGGGAUCAUUGUCAUGCUGAAAGACCCAGCCACGUUUCAUCUUCAAUGCCCUUGCUGAUGGAAGGAGGUUUUCACUCAAAAUCUCACGAUACAUGGCCCCAUUCAUUCUUUCCUUUACACAGAUCAGUCGUCCUGGUCCCUUUGCAGAAAAACAGCCCCAAAGCAUGAUGUUUCCACCCCCAUGCUUCACAGUAGGUAUGGUGUUCUUUGGAUGCAACUCACCAUUCUUUGUCCUCCAAACACGACGAGUUGAGUUUUUACCAAAAAGUUAUAUUUUGGUUUCAUCUGACCAUAUGACAUUCUCCCAAUCCUCUUCUGGAUCAUCCAAAUGCACUCUAGCAAACUUCAGACGGGCCUGGACAUGUACUGGCUUAAGCAGGGGGACACGUCUGGCACUGCAGGAUUUGAGUCCCUGGCGGCGUAGUGUGUUACUGAUGGUAGGCUUUGUUACUUUGGUCCCAGCUCUCUGCAGGUCAUUCACUAGGUCCCCCCGUGUGGUUCUGGGAUUUUUGCUCACCGUUCUUGUGAUCAUUUCGACCCCACGGGGUGAGAUCUUGCGUGGAGCCCCAGAUCGAGGGAGAUUAUCAGUGGUCUUGUAUGUCUUCCAUUUCCUAAUAAUUGCUCCCACAGUUGAUUUCUUCAAACCAAGCUGCUUUCCUAUUGCAGAUUCAGUCUUCCCAGCCUGGUGCAGGUCUACAAUUUUGUUUCUAGUGUCCUUUGACAGCUAUUUGGCUUGGCCAUAGUGGAGUUUGGAGUGUGACUGUUUGAGAUUGUGGACAGGUGUCUUUUAUACUGAUAACAAGUUCAAACAGGUGCCAUUAAUACAGGUAACGAGUGGAGGACAGAGGAGCCUCUUAAAGAAGAAGUUACAGGUCUGUGAGAGCCAGAAAUCUUGCUUGUUUGUAGGUGACCAAAUACUUACUUUCCACCAUAAUUAGCAAAUAAAUUCAUUACAAAUCCUACAAUGUGAUUUUCUGGAGAAAAAAAUCUCAAUUUGUUUGUCAUAGUUGACGUGUACCUAUGAUGAAAAUUACAGGCCUCUCUCAUCUUUUUAAGUGGGAGAACUUGCACAAUUGGUGGCUGACUAAAUACUUUUUUUCCCCACUAUCUAUGUUUUAUAUCAGAACAGUAAGAACCUAGAAUCUGGACAGUGAGUAUACAGUGAGGGAAAAAAAGUAUUUGAUCCCCUGCUGAUUUUGUAAGUUUGCCCACUGACAAAGACAUGAUCAGUCUAUAAUUUUAAUGGUAGGUUUAUUUGAACAGUGAGAGACAGAAUAACAACAAAAAAAUCCAGAGAAACGCAUGUCAAAAAUGUUAUAAAUUGAUUUGCAUUUUAAUGAGGGAAAUAAGUAUUUGACCCCUCUGCAAAACAUGACUUAGUACUUGGGGGCAAAAUCCUUGUUGGCAAUCACAGAGGUCAGACAUUUCUUGUAGUUGGCCACCAGGUUUGCACACAUCUCAGGAGGGCUUUUGUCCCACUCCUCUUUGCAGAUCUUCUCCAAGUCAUUAAGGUUUCGAGGCUGACGUUUGGCAACUCGAACCUUCAGCUCCCUCCACAGAUUUUCUAUGGGAUUAAGGUCUGGAGACUAGCUAGGCCACUCCAGGACCUUAAUGUGCUUCUUCUUGAGCCACUCCUUUGUUGCCUUGGCUGUGUGUUUUGGGUCAUUGUCAUGCUGGAAUUCCCAUCCACGACCCAUUUUCAAUGCCCUGGCUGAGGGAAGGAGGUUCUCACCCAAGAUUUGACGUUACAUGGCCCCGUCCAUCGUCCCUUUGAUGCGGUGAAGUUGUCCUGUCCCCUUAGCAGAAAAACAUCCCCAAAGCAUAAUGUUUCCACCUCCAUGUUUGACGGUGGGGUUGGUGUUCUUGGGGUCAUAGGCAGCAUUCCUCCUCCUCCAAACACGGCGAGUUGAGUUGAUGCCAAAGAGCUCGAUUUUGGUCUCAUCUGACCACAACACUUUCACCCAGUUCUCCUUUGAAUCAUUCAGAUGUUCACUGGCAAACUUCAGACGGGCCUGUAUAUGUGCUUUCUUGAGCAGGUAGACCUUGCGAGCGCUGCAGGAUUUCAGUCCUUCACGGCGUAGUGUGUUACCAAUUGUUUUUCUUGGUGACUAUGGUCCCAGCUGCCUUGAGAUCAUUGACAAGAUCCAAGAUCCUCCCGUGUAGUUCUGGGCUGAUUCCUCACUGUUCUCAUGAUCAUUGCAACUCCACGAGGUGAGAUCUUGCAUGGAGCCCCAGGCCGAGGGAGAUUGACAGUUAUUUUGUGUUUCUGCCAUUUGCAUAUAAUCGCACCAACUGUUGUCACCUUCUCACCAAGCUGCUUGGCGAUGGUCUUGUAGCCCAUUCCAGCCUUGUGUAGGUCUACAAUCUUGUCCCUGACAUCCCUGGAGAGCUCUUUGGUCUUGGCCAUGGUGGAGAGUUUGGAAUCUGAUUGAUUGGUUCUGUGGACAGGUGUCUUUUAUACAGGGAACAAGCUGAGAUUAGGAGCACUCCCUUUAAGAGUGUGCUCCUAAUCUCAGCUCGUUAGCUGUAUAAAAGACACCUGGGAGCCAGAAAUCUUUCUGGUUGAGAGGGGGUCAAAUACUUAUUUCCCUCAUUUAAAAUGCAAAUCAAUUUAUAACAUUUUUCCAUGCAUUUUUCUGGAUGUUUUUUGUUGUUAUUCUGUCUCUCACUGUUCAAAUAAACCUACCAUUAAAAUUAUAGACUGAUCAUUUCUUUGUCAGUGGGCAAACGUACAAAAUCAGCAGGGGAUCAAAUACUUUUUUCUCUCACUGUAUAUCUAUGUUUUAUAUCGGAACAGUAAGAACCUAGACUCUGGACAGUGAGUAUAUAUCUAUGUUUUAUAUCGGAACAGCAAGAAGAGUACUGGACACUUCUAAUAAAUAAACACUACAAUACAGUUGAACUGUUCACAAAAACUUGCAUGUGUGUUGGUGUAUUAUUACACUAGCAAAGGUCUAGCAGUUCCCAUUGUUAAACCAAUCCCUCAGUUAUGUCUACAUUAUAAUGUCCCCAGUACAAGCCACUUUUCAAAAUACUACUGUUCUGUCUCCCUCAGGAAAUAUGACAAGCUGGUUGGGGAACUUCUGGACUGCCUCAAUGACAGAAACAAGUAGGUUCACCUCGUCUCAAUGACAGAAACAUGUAGGGUCACCUCGUCUCAAUGACAGAAACAUGUAGGGUCACCUUGUCUCAAUGACAGAAGCAUGUAGGGUCACCUCGUCUCAAUGACAGAAACAUGUAGGGUCACCUCGUCUCAAUGACAGAAACAUGUAGGGUCACCUCGUCUCAAUGACAGAAACAUGUAGGGUCACCUCGUGUCGAUGACAGAAACAUGUAGGGUCACCUCGUGUCGAUGACAGAAACAUGUAGGGUCACGUCGUCUCAAUGACAGAAACAUGUAGGGUCACCUCGUGUCGAUGACAGAAACAUGUAGGGUCACCUCGUCUCAAUGACAUAAACAUGUAGGGUCACCUCGUGUCGAUGACAGAAACAUGUAGGUUCACCUCGUCUCGAUGACAGAAACAUGUAGGUUCACCUCGUCUCGAUGACAGAAACAUGUAGGUUCACCUCAUCUCGAUGACAGAAACAUGUAGGUUCACCUCGUCUCGAUGACAGAAACAUGUAGGUUCACCUCGUCUCGAUGACAGAAACAUGUAGGGUCACCUCGUGUCGAUGACAGAAACAUGUAGGUUCACCUCGUCUCAAUGACAGAAACAUGUAGGGUCACCUCGUGUCGAUGACAGAAACAUGUAGGGUCACCUCGUGUCGAUGACAGAAACAUGUAAGGUCACCUCGUCUCGAUGACAGAAACAUGUAGGGUCACCUCGUGUCGAUGACAGAAACAUGUAAGGUCACCUCGUCUCGAUGACAGAAACAUGUAGGGUCACCUCGUGUCGAUGACAGAAACAUGUAAGGUCACCUCGUCUCGAUGACAGAAACAUGUAGGGUCACCUCGUGUCGAUGACAGAAACAUGUAGGGUCACCUCGUGUCGAUGACAGAAACAUGUAGGGUCACCUCGUGUCGAUGACAGACGUUAGAAAAGGGAAAUCCUGUCUGCUCUAUUUCUUACAUUUCAAUCUGCAACAUUUAACAUUCCGCCUCACUAAAUACGAAAAUGUCUGUUCUUAUUGGAGAACUUCAGACAGUACUUCUCUGUUUCAAAACGUUUUCCACCUCCUGAAUACCCCUGCUUUAUGUUGCAGGCCCUGGAAGUUUGAGCACAUUGCCAUUGGCUUCAUGUCUCUGUUACUGAGGGACGACCACCCACUCCCCUCCCCUGCUGUCCUUUUCUUCGUCAAGAGCCUCAACCAUGACUCCCUCCUGGUCCGCAAGGUGGGCACUGCCACCGCAACCACUCUGUCCAUACACUCUGUCCAUACACUCUGUCCAUACACUCUGUCCAUACACUCUGUCCAUGCACUCUGUCCAUGCACUCUGUCCAUGCACUCUGUCCAUGCACUCUGUCCAUGCACUCUGUCCAUGCACUCUGUCCAUGCACUCUGUCCAUGCACUCUGUCCAUACACUCUGUCCAUACACUCUGUCCAUACACUCUGUCCAUACACUCUGUCCAUACACUCUGUCCAUGCACUCUGUCCAUACACUCUGUCCAUGCACUCUGUCCAUGCACUCUGUCCAUGCACUCUGUCCAUACACUCUGUCCAUACACUCUGUCCAUACACUCUGUCCAUACACUCUGUCCAUACACUCUGUCCAUGCACGUGUAGAAUCACUGACACCCAGUCAUGCAUUCAGUUUCAUUCACUACAUUGAGAUACAAUCAAUUUUGUAAGAGAUCUCUUCAAGAUGGCAGCAGUCAACAACGUUACGGAGACGUUUCACACAUAAAUAUACAUUUAUCUUCAAACAUCAUACAUGCAUGCAUAAUUCUGAGCUCUGCUGAGGACUUUUAGCAUUACGGUAUUUCAUUGUAAGAUAUAGAAACAUAUUUUUAAAUGUAUUUAUUUCCCCACUAGGUGGCAAUAUCAGCCGUGGCAGGGAUCAUGAAGCAACUCAAGAGGCCACACAAAAAAGUGCCAGUCAGCCCCAACAAGCUCUGUAAGUAAACUGCAAUUUGUCUCCUCACCAGUCCCUUUACCUGGGUUUAAAUAGUAUUUGUUUCAAGCUGCGGUUGAUUGUGCUUGCUCUGGCGCAAUGGAACAAAAGGAAUAGUCCCAAAAUUGCAAACCCUGUCCAUCUGGCACUCCAGGUAGGCUCAAUCAAAGUAUUUGAAAGAAAACAAAUACUAGUUGACCCCAGGUCUGAUUUAUAACAGCAGCUUUCGCACAAGGUGCUUGAGGUGCUUAAAGUACUUGAAUUUGGCACUCUGAAAUUCAAGUACUGGAAUACCUUGAAAAUCAGACAUUUUAUCAAGUUGGUACUUGAAAAGUACUUGAAUUAAAAUGAAAGGAGAACAAAAAAUGAUCAAAUAUAUUUAUGAAAAAUAUUAGAAAAAUGUAUUGGUCUUGUAAAUGAAUUUCCAUGCAGACUACCGAGUUUUGUUUCCUCAAGUGUUUCGCGCUGUAGUUGCCAGGCGAAAUCGCUCAUUCCACCCACACUGCCACUCAGCCAGGCAGGUACAGAAUUGACUGAUUAGGUGCCGCCAAACGACACAUCGAUAGCUAAAAUCCCGGGCAAAUGUAGAUUCAAUCUUACCUUUUGUGCAUAUGGAACAUUUCUGGGAUCUUUUAUUUCAGCUCAUGAAACAUGGGACCAACACUUUACAUGUUCUGUUGAUAUUUCUGUUCAUUGUAGUUUAACCACCUUUGUUUGCCACUACAUCACUGGACCCCACCAACCCACAUUGUGAAGGGGAAAGACUCAACGCUGCAUCCUGCGCUGGUGCCGGUUCUACAUUAAGUAACUUUUUCUCUGUAACAACCUCCAGAGCUUUUUUGCCAAUCGCCUCAUUCACGGGGCGCCCGCGAUAUUUCCGCUUUAUCAACCGGCAGCCGUGCUCCUGCCAUUCUGGUGGCGGUUCACGUGCCUUCCCCCCUUCUCCCGACUGGCGACACUAAAGCUGCCAGUCGGAAGCAAGAAGCUUUUUCGUAGCUAUUAAGUAGGCAUGUACCAAAACUCUGCUCAUCACUACUCAAAUUACAACAUCAGUACUGACUUACCACUCAUGUAUGUAAUAAGUAAGUGAAACAACGUAUUAUUGAGUAGAACUUGUAAGGUGGUGAUGAAUACUACGUUAUUUACUUUUACGAGGUUGUAGUGAUAUUCUGCCAUCUGGUGGCGACUAGAAACAAUUGCAUAAUAUGAACUAUUACAAAUUGAUGAUCCUAAAAAUAAAUAUUAGUGCUUGAAAAAGUACUUAAGUCCUUGAAUUUCACUUGCCACUGUCUGUACAAACCCUUUAACAGAUACAUACAGCUUAUCUCACCACCUCUCCCUCUCUCUGCCAAGUGGUCUGAUAGCAGGGGACAGGCCUGAUAACCAGUGGCUCCAGUAUAACAGUAGUCUUAUGGUCCUCUCACCACCUCUCCCUCUCUCCUUCGUCCUCCUCUUCCCUCUCUACCAGGUGGUAUGAAAGAGCUGGCUGGUCUGAUAGCAGGGGACAGGCCUGAUAACCAGUGGCUCCAGUAUAACAGUAGCAGUCUGCCUCGUAGCCAGCAGGACUGGGAGGGCUGUACGUUCGUAGAGAAGACCCACUGGGGAUACUACAGCUGGCCACAGAAACUCAUGAUGUACGCUCCUUCUGAGGAGCAGCCCAAACAAGGACUAACCAGAGAGGAGAUGACCGAGGUGAGGAGAUGACACGCACACAGAAACAUGGUCACAGUCCGAUGCGCUACCCUAGUCCCUAAGUGUACACUCCUACACUCCCCCUCAUGGAUGUAAAAUGAAUGUAUUAGUGUAAGGAAUAUGGUGGAAACUCCCUCCAGGCAUGCAUGCUUCCAAUCCAAUGCUUUUGAAAUGUAUGAGCGCGAGUGACAACUGCACACUUCUGGCUGAAGGGUAGAGAAUCGGAAUGCAUUCUCUCACUGUUUGAAAAUGUAUGUAACAUCCUCUGCUGGUGAUAUCGCAGGUCCACUGGUAUAACUGUUGGUUUCUUCCCUCUCCAGCGAGAGCAGAUCAUCUACGACCACUUCUCAGACCCAUCGUUCAUCAACCAGCUGAUUGAGUUCCUCUCUCUGGAGGACCGGAAGGGCAAGGACAAGUUCAGCCCCCGCAGGUUCUGCCUCUUCAAGGUGAGGGAGACACAAAUCAGGAUUUAAGACUCACCCAAUCUCAAAGGUCUUUCCUGAACCCUCAUUAAUACCUUGCGUUCUCUCUUCAAAUGGUCUCCUUGCUUCCCUCUGCCGUUUUUAAAGGAGACAGGGUGAGCAUGAAAGAUAGAAGCUACGUAAACGAGGGAAGACUUCUGAGGAUAAACCUAGACAGUUUUUUUAGGCCAAGAAUAUGGUUGGAAUGGCGCUGCAAUGGACAGCUGCCGCUUUACGGGCUCUGACCAAUUCUGCUAUUUUGUGUAUUUUUUUGUUUUGCACUGACCUUAACUUUCUUUGUACGUAAUGUUUCUGCCAUCGUUUCCUAUUACUAAAAAUUACUUCUGGACAUCAGAACAGUGAUCAAUAACCUCGAUUUGGAUGAAGAAUUCUACUUCAACGAGUCGGUGACGCAGGACAUACUGCUCACCCCGGACCAGGCCCUAAUCCCCGACUCUGAAGAGAAAGAGCCGGUGUUAUAGAGGCCGACCUGCGGGCACACUGACGAAACAACGUCGGCGAGUAUAAACCGCCUCUACCCUCCGUUCUAUUGGCGAAUGUACAAUCACCGGAGAACAAACUGGACGAGCUCAGUUCGAGACUAUCCUAUCAACGGGACCUGAAUAAAUCUAAUAUCCUAUGUUUCUCUGAGACGUGGCUGAACAAGGACAUGGAUAAUAUACAUCUAGCUGGUUUUUCUAUGUAUCGGACAGAACGGCAACUUCGGGUAAGCUCAAGGGGGAGGUGUCUCUUUGAUAACAACAGCUGGUGCGCGAUCUCUAAUAUUAAGGAAAUCUUAAGGUUCUGCUCGCUAGAAUACCUUAAUACCUAAGAUGUAGACCAUAGUAUUUACCAAGACAGUUUUCAUCAAUUUAUUUGUAGCUGUCUAUUUAUCACAACAAACCAAGACCACACUCAACGAGCUGUGUAGGGCCAUAAGCAAACAAUAAAAUGCUCAUCAAAGGCGGCGCUCCUAUUGGCCGGUGAUUUUAAUGUGGGGAAACUGAAAUCCAUUUUACCUAAUUUCUACCAGCAUGUCACCUGUGCAACUAGAGGAAAAUAAACUCUAGAUCACCUUUACUCCACACACACAAAUGCAUACAAAGCUCUCCCUCACCUUCCAUUUUUGGCAAAUCUGACCAUAACUCUAGCGUCCUGAUUCCUGCUUACAAGCAAAAACUCAAACAGGAAGUACCAGUGACUCGCCCAAUAUGGAAGUGGUCCGAUGAAGUGGAGGCUAAGCUACAGGACUGUUUCGCUAGCACACACUGUAAAAUGUUAUGGGAUUCAUCCGAUGGCAUUGAGGAGUUUACCACAUUUACAUUUUCAUCCUUUAGCAGACGCUCUUAUCCAGAGCGACUUACAAAUUGGUUCACUCAACUUAUGAUAGCCAGUGGUACAACCCCCUUUAAAAAAAAAAAUGGUAUGGGGGGUGGGGGAAGAAGGAUUAAUUUAUACUAUUACAGGUAUUCCUUAAAGAGGUAGGGUUUCAAGUGUCUCCGGAAGGUGGUCAGUGACUCCGCUGUCCUGGCGUUGUGGGGGAGCUUGUUCCACCAUUGGUGUGCCAGAGCAGCGAAUAGCUUUGACUGGGCUGAGCGGGAACUGUGCUUCCGUAGAGGUAGGGGAGCUAGCAGGCCAGAUGUGGAUGAACGCAAUGCCCUCGUUUGGGUGUAGGGACUGAUCAGAGCCUGAAGGUACGGAGGUGCCGUUCCCCUCACAGCUCCGUCGGCAAGCACCAUGGUCUUGUAGUAGAUGCGAGCCUCAACUGGAAGCCAGUGGAGUGUGUGGAGGAGCGGGGUGACAUGAGAGAACUUGGGAAGGUUGAACACCAGACGGGCUGCAGCGUUCUGGAUAAGUUGUAGGAGUUUAAUGGCACAGGCCGGGAGCCCAGCCAACAGCGAGUUGCAGUAAUCCAGACGGGAGAUGACAAGUGCCUGGAUUAGGACCUGUGCCGCUUUCUGUGUAAGGUAGGGUCGUACUCUGCGAAUGUUGUACAGCAUGAACCUGCAGAAUCGGGUCACCGAUCGACAGGGUAUUGUCCAGGGUCACGCCAAGGUUAUUUGCACUCUAGGAGGAGGACACAAUGGAGUUGUCAACCGUGAUGGCGAGAUCAUGGAGCGGGCAGUCCUUCCCCAGGAGGAAGAGCAGCUCUGUCUUGCCGAGGUUCAGCUUGAGGUGGUGAUCCGACAUCCACACUGAUAUGUCUGCCAGACAUGCAGAGAUGCGAUUCGCCACCUGGUUAUCAGAAGGGGGAAAAGAGAAAAUUAAUUGUGUGUCGUCUGCGUAGCAAUGAUAGGAGAGACCAUGUGAGGAUAUGACAGAGCCAAGUGACUUGGUGUAUAGAGAGAAUAGGAGAGGGCCUAGAACUGAGCCCUCGGGGACACCAGUGGUGAGAGCACGUGGUGCGGAUACAGAUUCUCGCCACGCCACCUGGUAGGAGCGACCUGUCAGGUAGGACGCAAUCCAAGAGUGAGCAGCGCCGGAGAUGCCCAACUCUGAGAGGGUGGAGAGGAGGAUCUGAUGGUUCACAGUAUCAAAGGCAGCAGAUAGGUCUAGAAGGAUAAGAGCAGAGGAGAGAGAGUUAGCUUUAGGAGUGCGGAGAGCCUCCGUGACACAGAGAAGAGCAGUCUCAGUUGAAUGACCAGUCUUGAAACCUGACUGGUUUGGAUCAAGAAGGUAAUUCUGAGAGAGAUAGCAGGAGAGUUGGCUAGAGACGGCACGCUCAAGAGUUUUGGAGAGAAAAGAAAGAAGGGAUACUGGUCUAUAGUUGUUGACAUCAGAGGGAUCGAGUGUAGGUUUUUUGAGGAGGGGUGCAACUCUCGCUCUCUUGAAGACGGAAGGGACUUGGACAGCGGUCAAGGAUGAGUUGAUGAGCGAGGUGAGGUAAGGGAGAAGGUCUCCGGAAAUGGUCUGGAGAAGAGAGGAGGGAAUAGGGUCAAGCAAGCAGGUUGUUGGGCGGCCGGCCGUCACAAGUCGCAAGAUUUCAUCUGGAGACAGAGGGGAGAAAGAAGUCAAAGCAUAGGGUAGGGCAGUGUGAGCAGGACCAGCUGUGUCAUUUUACUUAAUAAAUGAAGAUCGGAUGUCGUCAACCUUCUUUUCAAAAUGGUUGACGAAGUCAUCCACAGAGAGGGAUGAGGGAGGGGGAGGAGGAGGGGGAUUCAGCAGGGAGGAGAAGGUGGCAAAGAGCUUCCUAGGGUUAGAGGCAGAGGCUUGACAUUUAGUCACCGGCUUUAUUAAUAAGUGCAUCUACGACAUCGUCCCCACAGUGAACGUAUGUCCAUAUCCCAACCAGAAGCCAUGGAUUACAGGCAACAUCCGCACUGAGAUGCUUAUAAGAACUCCCGCUAUGACCUCCGACGAGCCAUCAAACAGGUCAAUACAGGACUAAGAUGGACUCCUACUACACCGGCUCUGACGAGUGUCGGAUGUGGCAGGGCUCGAAAACUAUCACGGAUUACGGAGGGAAACCCAGCUGUGAGCUGUACAGUGAUGCAAGCCUACCUUCAAGCAACACUGGACCAUGCAUGAGAGCACCAGCUGUUCCAGACCACUGUGUGAUCACGCUCUCCGUAGCCGAUGUAAGUAGGAUCUUUAAACAGGCUAACAUUCACAAAGCCUCAGGGCCAGACGGAUUACCAGGAUGCAUACUCAGAGCAUGGUCUGACCACCUGGUAAGUUUCUUCACUGACAUGUUCAACCUCUCCCUCACCCAGUCUGUAAUACCUACAUGUUUCAAGCAGACCACCAUAGUCCCUGUACUCAAGAACGCCAAGGUAACUCACAUCUGUAGCCAUUAAAUGCUUUGAAAGGCUGGUCAUGGUUCACAUUAAAACCAUCAUCCCAGACACCCUGGACCCUUUCCAAUUUGCAUACCGUCCCAACAGAACCACAGAUGACGCAAUCUCUAUUGCACUCCGCACUGCCCUCUCCCACCUGGACAAGAGGGACAUGCUGUGAGAAUGCUUUUCAUUGACUGCAGCUCAGCGUUCAACACCAUAGUGCCCUACAAGCUCAUCACUAAGCUAAGGACCCUGGGACUGAACACCUUCUGCAACUGGAUCCUUGACUUCCUGACGGGACGCCCCCAGGUGGUGAGGGUAGGCAACAACCCAUACGCCGCACUGAUCCUCAGCACGGGGGCACCUCAGGUGUGUGCUUAGUCCCCUCAUGUACUCCCUGUUCACCCACGACUGCGUGGACUCGCACGACUCCAACACCAUCAAGUUUGCUGACGACACGACGGUGGUAGGCCUGAUCACAGACGACGAUGAGACAGCCUAUAAGGAGGAGGUCAGAGACCUGGCAGUGUGGUGCCAGGACAACAACCUCUCCCUCAACGUCAGCAAGACAAACGGGCUGACUACAGGAAACAGAGAGCCGAGCAUGUCCCCAUUCACAUCGGCAGGGCUGUAGUGGAGCGGGUCGAGCGCUUGAAGUUUCUCUGUCCACAUCACUAAGGAUCUAUCAUUCUCCACAUACGCCAACACUGAAAAUAUUUGGCAAGGGCCCCCCAGGACAUCUAUACCAGGCGGUGUUAGAGGAAGGCCCUAAAAAUGGUCAAAGACUCCAGCCACCCAAGUCAUAGACUGUUCUCUCUGCUACCGCAUGGCAAACUGUACCGAUGCCUGGAACCAACAGGACCCUGAACAGCUUCUACCCCCAAGCCAUUAGACUGCUAAAUAGUUAGUCUUGGUAGCUAUUUGAUUAACUAUUUAACUGCAUUGACCCUUUUCGCAAUAAUAACUCUUAUGACUCAUCACGUACGCUGCUGCUGUUUAUUAUCUAUCCUGUUGCCUAGUCACUUUAUUCCUAGUUAUAUGUACAUACAGUACAGUAUCUACCUCAGUGACCUCGUACCCCAGCACGUCGACUUAGUACUGGUACCCCAUGUAUAUAGACAAGUUAUUACCUCGUACCCCAGCACGUCGACUUAGUACUGGUACCCCAUGUAUAUAGACAAGUUAUUACCUCGUACCCCAGCACGUCGACUUAGUACUGGUACCCCAUGUAUAUAGACAAGUUAUUACCUCGUACCCCAGCACGUCGACUUAGUACUGGUACCCCAUGUAUAUAGACAAGUUAUUACCUCGUACCCCAGCACGUCGACUUAGUACUGGUACCCCAUGUAUAUAGACAAGUUAUUACCUCGUACCCCAGCACGUCGACUUAGUACUGGUACCCCAUGUAUAGUACCAGUCAAAAGUUUGGACACACCUACUCAUUCAAUGGUUUUUCUUUAUUUGUACUAUUUUCUACAUUGUAGAAUAAUAGUGAAGACAUCAAAACUAUGAAAUAACACAUAUGGAAUCAUGUAGUAACCAAAAAAGUGUUAAACAAAUCAAAAUAUAUUUUAUAUUUGAGAUUCUUCAAAUAGCCACCCUUUGCCUUGAUGACAGCUUUGCACACUCUUGGCAUUCUCUUAACCAGCUUCAUGAGGUAGUCACCUGGAAUGCAUUUAAAUUAACAGGUGUGCCUUCUUAAAAGUUAAUUUGUGGAAUCUUUUUCCUUCUUAAUGCGUUUGAGCCAAUCAGUUGUGUUGUGACGAGGUAGGGGUGUUAUACAGAAGAUAGCCCUAUUUUGACUGGUAGUGUAUAUAGACAGGUUAUCGUUACUCAUUGUGUAUUUAUUAUUAUGUGUUUUAUUUUAUUCCUCCUGUUAUUAUUUUUCUAUUAUGUCUCUCUGCGUUGUUGGGAAGGGCAUUUCACUGUUAGUAUACACCUGUUGUUUACCAAGCAUGUGACCAAGCGUUCUAAAAUCCCCGGUUUUCUAGAAAACACGGCUGGAAGUUUCCCGGAAUAGGCAGGAAAUCCGGUAUCAUCCAACCAGGAUUUGUGAUUUUUGCAACACUAGCUAAGAAUCAGGCUUCCCUAACUCUGUUUUAUUCCUCUCUUCUAUUCCUCAGGGUCUGUUCCGGAACUUCAACGAUGCCUUCCUGCCCCUGCUGAAACCACACAUGGAGCGUCUGGUGGCCGACACACACGAGAGCAAACAGCGAUGUGUAGCAGAGAUCACCUCUGGACUGAUCAGAGGCAGCAAGCACUGGAGCUAUAGCAAGGUAGGGGAGAGGAAGGAAUGAACACACUGGAGCUAUAGCAAGGUAGGGGAGAGGAAGGAAUGAACACACUGGAGCUAUAGCAAGGUAGGGGAGAGGAAGGAAUGAACACACUGGAGCUAUAGCAAGGUAGAGGAGAGGGACAUACUCCGUGGUCACACACACCAUGCUUAUAAUCAGUAUUUUACAUAUCUGCACUUGCCAUUUGCCAGGUCCUCGUUGCAAAUAAGAAUUUGUUCUUAACUGACUUACCUGGAUAAAUAAAAGUUGAAUAUUUGUUAAGUCCUUGACCUUUGACCUAUGUUCCCAUUCCAGGUGGAGAGUCUGUGGGAGCUGCUGUGUCCUCUGAUCCGUAUAGCUCUGAACAACAUCACUGUAGAAACCUACGCUGACUGGGGCACCUGCAUCGCCACAGCCUGUGUAAGCUGCUAGCCCUCCCAUCCCCCUCUCAUUCAGCAGUCCAUUUCUUUCAGGUUCUUUCUCAAUUGGUAGUUCCUCGAUUCCCAAUUGCAUCAUCUCUCCUUGCUUCCUUCUCAAAACACAUUAGAGGAGAAGGCCUGAAGGGGAGGGGAACUUGGCUCUUCUCUUCCAAUGCAUUUGAGAAGAAGGUGAGGAGUGAAGAAUUGAGGACAGAAAUAGCCUCCUGAAUCUCCUGUCUAGUACUUGCCUGGUCUGUUAAUUUCCUGCUUCCAUGUUGUUGACCUUUGACCUUGUUGUCGUUAUUGUACAGGAGAGCAGACGUUGACCUUAGAUUGUUUGUGUUGUACAGGAGAGCAGAGACCCCAGGAAGCUCCACUGGCUGUUUGAGAUGCUGAUGGAGUCUCCAGUCAACGGGGAGGGGGGAUCCUUCGUAGAUGCCUGGUGAGGAGAAACUUUGCCUCCUUUAAUUGUAAUCCUAGACAGUGUCUUGGUGUUUCAGUAUGGGAGGGUGUAUUGAUUCUGCUCCGUAUGUGCUCAGAUGACUAGUCCUGCAUGGAAGAGAUGGAGUAUGGGUCGGUGAUCGUUUCUUGGUUUGUUUAUCUUGUGUGACGGCCCUGAAUAUUUCUGAACCGUCUCAAGGCUUCUCCUUCUAAUAGGGCGCUUCCCCUUUAAUUCCCCAUUAAAUAGCCAGCAUCAGCUGCGCAAAAGAGAAGUUGUGAUUGAGACCUGAAGGAGGAUGUGUACUACCUUCAGUUCAUGAAGCUUCGCCAUGACGUUUGUUUGGUUGCCUUACAGUGUGUUUUGUGGCCUUAAAGCGAGUUUACCCAGGAUUGGAUCCACUCUGUGCGCUGUGGACUACAACUCUCCGUUGGUUUUCGUGGCCUUUCCUCCGCUGGAGGGCUGUUGGCGGAUUGUCUGACUGACCGACUGACUACAACUUUUUGUAUACGGUAUUUCCUUUGUUUGGGGGUGAUGUAUACUGUGAUUUAUGUAGUUGUGAGGACGUAUUAUUCUUUGGGUAGUCUUUGAUACGCUUUAUAGUUGUGUUACAAAAUAAGUGUUAUUUUGAGGGUAUGAAUAUACUGGGUUUAUGCUACGGACAAGCGUUGCGGGACUAAGGGCACUUGAGCCACGGAACUUAUUUACCGGGCUGGACUCUUUUUAUGCCCGAGGUACAGGACAUUUCUAAAUGAACAUAAGUGCAUUGAUUUGUUAUAUUGUUGUGUGUGGGUGGGUGUGAUCAUUUAUGUUGUGAAUACAACCAAGCAAAAGAAUACACUUGUUUGAAGUUCUUUCCAAGGUUUUUAGGGGUUUAUGAAAAGUAUAUUUCCAUCUUGACUUUUACAUAAGUCCUUUGUAUUGGUGUGACUUGACGGACCAGAUGGGACUCAUUCCCUCCCGAACUAAAAGGAGAAACCUAUGCUUUCUCUGGUAGGCACAACCUACCUGGCACCCCUAUAAAUGCCUCAAGUCAAAACCGUUACAUAAAAAAUGGCACCCCAGAUGGGACCUCAACAUUGAGAACUAACCAAAGCAAAUCUUUUGAGUGGAAUUAAAAUAAUGGAUUCACUACAAGAAAAUGUGCUCAUCCAUAGCCUACCUGUCAAUGGGAAUACACAGGGCCAUUCUGACUACCGAGCCAACAAUACAAAUCAUAAUGUGAAUGGAAAUAAUGGAGUUGAUGUGGGCCAGAGCCCUGGGAAUCUAAAUGCUCAGUCUGGACCACAGGCCACAGGUCUAACUAGUAACUCACUUAUUGACAUGGAUCUGUGUGAAGGUACUGAGCUAGCCCUCCCUCUGACGCCCAAUCUUACUCCAUUGUCUGGUUUAUCUCCAGAGGUUGUAGUCUUACAACUUCAAGGUGACAUCCUUGAUAUUCGUAAGACUCAACAACAUCUCCAAACUCUAAUCCAUCAUAAAUUCAAAUGUCUGAGUGUAGAGCAACAACAGAGUGCCAUGGAAUUCAGAAACUCACUGAGUACUCUAACUCACACUCUGACAGAGCUCAGUGAGAGUGGAAGACAGGAAAUUACUGGUGCCAUGGACAGGCAGUUUGACUACCAACAAAGCCAACUCACUGCCACUCUCCAGUGGCGCCUGCAACAUCAUCACACUGAGGUCCUCAAGGACGUCAAUUCUGUAUUUUCUCCCCUGGUUAACACUGUAGACCACUUGCAGACAGCGCUCUCUAAUUGUGUUAAAAUGUUGGAUGAUGUGUCUGUUGACAUGGCCUCCAUUAGGCACAACUCCUUGCACAGAGCUUCUCUUGUGUCCACUUCUGUUCAGACCACUGAGGGCCAAGCGGGCACCUCAGAACAGCCAAGACAAGGCCAUGCUGCAGCCACCCCUUGCAGGAUGCAAUCCACCAUGCAUCCUGGUGUUCAUUUUCAUGGUCCCAUAACUCCCUCACCCUCUACUUCCUCAAUCCCUCCUAGCUCUUUUGUUCAUGGUGAUUUGAGUAGACGUCAUGUGGGAGCGAUGCCCAUUAAAUUGCAAUUUCCCACCUUUGGGAAAAAGGAUGACAGUCCUGAUCCGCUAAUGUAUCUGGAAAGAUGUCAUGACUUUCUUGCCCUCAAUCCCCUGGCUGACGAAGAACUCCUUGCCACAUUGAGGAAUGUGUUGCAUGGGACAGCUCGAGACUGGUGGGAUGUGGCACGUCUCACCACUACCUCCUGGGCUGACUUUGAGGCCAAGUUUUCCUCUGCAUUUCUGUCUGAGGACUACACAGAUGAGCUGGCAGACAGAGUCAGGAAUCGAGUGCAAAGGGAGAAUGAGAAUAUCCGUGACUUUGCAUACGGUUACCACUCCCUGUGCAGAAGGUGGAAACCUGGCAUUGAGGAGGAAGAGGUCAUUAAGUUGAUCUUGAAGAACAUCAACCCACUACUAGCCAGUCAACUCAGAGAAAGAGUCACCACUGUCGAUGGACUGGUUCGCCUGGGACAGCAGUUCGAGAAGGACAGAGAAUGCCAACAGCAAUAUGAACAGAGAAAGAAACAGACACCCAGACAGUUACCCAAGCCAGAUCAUCAACCACAGCCAGAGUCUCCAGCCAAGACCCCUCCCAUGUUCUGUUGGAGAUGUAGCCAAAAGGGACAUUCUUCAGCUACAUGUCCAAGACCGUAUCAAGUAAACCCUUCCAGAAACCACAAAUCACAACAGGCCAACACCCCUAACACACUUCGCAGGAACGACCAUCCUACUCUGGGUGCUUUGACCAGAGCUGAAACCUCAAGAGUCACUGCCUACGCCCCCCCGCCGACAUCCCCUUCCUUUCAGUUAAUCCCACACCAGCUGGUGUUACCCCUGUCCAUAGGCCCAUGGACAGGAAGAGCCAUCCUGGACACCGGGUCAUCCUACACACUGCUCAAUGAGAAACUGUGGAAGGAGGUUGAAGGUCCAAAAUACAACUUGAAGCCGUGGACAGAAGGUCCACUGUAUCUGGCUGACGGUGCGGCUAAACGACCACUUGGAUGGAGUGAGGUGGAGUUCCGCCUGUGUAACCGCUCCUAUAUGAUUCCUUCGGUUAUCCUACAAAACAAGAACCUUGCUUUUCCUGUCGUGUUGGGAAUUGAUUUCAUGUACUUCAGUGGUGUCCAGAUUGAUAUCGCACACAAUUGCUACUGGUUUCCAAACAAUCCGAGCAAGAAGCAUUUCUUCCAAUCAGAAGUUACAAAGUUACAUGAUUGGGGUCUAAAUGUGGCAGUCUUCUCUGCCGUUGCUACGGUACCACUAACCCUGGAUAAUCCUUCUGAGGAUCUCCUUUUACAGGCUGUAAGAAGAGCUCAGCUGGAACAGCCAGAGGAGUUAAGGCUGUUGGAACAGCUGCAGAAUAAUGCUGAUGUGUGUACUGUAAAGUUAGGACGCACCGGACUCCUGAAGCACAAAAUAUUCCUUACACAGGAAAUGCCGAUCAAGCAAAAGCCAUAUCGUUUGUCCCCAGCGAAGCUAAUCAUCCAAAAGGGACUCAUUAAUGAUAUGUUGACACAAGAUAUAAUAGAACGUUCCUCCUCUCCCUGGGCUGCUCCUGUUGUCCUCAUUCCAAAAAAGACUGGUGGUCUUAGAUUUUGUGUGGACUAUAGGAAGACCAACAAUGUUUCCCAGACGGAUGCCUAUCCUCUUCCCACCAUCCACGAGAUCCUGGAGUCAUUGUCUGGCGCUGUUGUGUUCACUACCCUUGACCUCAAUAGUGGCUAUUGGCAGGUUGAGAUGGACCAGGAAAGCAAGGACAAGACUGCUUUUGUCUGUGCUGAGGGCUUGUUUUCCUUUAAGGUGAUGCCUUUUGGAUUAAAGAAUGCACCUGCCACUUUCCAAAGACUCAUGGAGAUUGCGUUAGGUGAGCUCAAAGGGAAGAUAUGUUUCGUCUACCUGGACGAUAUAAUUAUCUACUCCCAGAACAGAGAGCAACACUUUCAAGACCUUCAAGCAGUGUUGGACAAGCUAAGAGAAGCUGGUCUGACAGUGAACAUGAAGAAGAGCAACUUCUGCCAAACCUCCCUGAAGUUCCUUGGCCAUAUUGUGUCUUGUGAUGGUAUUCAUGUGGAUCCUGAAAAGACCAAGGCUGUACAAGACUUCCCUGUGCCAACCACACUCAAGGCCCUUCAACGGUUCCUUGGGAUGGCUGGAUGGUACCAUCGGUUUGUGUGGAACUUCUCCCAGGUGGCCGAACCCCUCAACGGGUUGAAGCGAAAAGGAGCGAAAUUCCGAUGGACGGCAGAGUGCCAGAACUCCUUUGAAACCCUGAAACGACACCUCGUCACCCCUCCCAUUUUGGGUCAUCCCAACUUUGAUUUCCCUUUUGUUGUUUACACUGAUGCAAGUGAUGUUGGACUUGGUGCUGUCCUAGUCCAACAGACUGGACUUGGUACUGAAGAAGUGCUAGCGUUCGCCAGUCGGACAUUGAAUGGAGCAGAACGGAACUACUCCACAACCGAGCAAGAGUGCCUUGCAGUUGUCUGGGCUUUGGAAAAGUGGAGGUACUACCUGGAGGGAAGACACUUCACUGUGGUCACUGACCAUUCCUCCCUUGUGUGGGUGUUCAAGACCAACAAACCAAGCACCAGGCUCAUCAGAUGGGCUCUACGGUUGCAAGAGUUCACCUUUGCAGUAGAAUACAGGAAAGGAAAAUACAACACUGUUCCAGAUGCCUUAUCCAGAGCUCCUGCUUGUGGUAAUGGUGGCCCUCAUCUUACAUGUGCUACUGUCCUGUCUAGCAGUCGAGACUCACCCAAAACUGACUUUCCCAUCUCUGAUGAGGUCAUUUGGAAAGCCCAACAGGAUGAUCCCGAAGUACAGGCUUUGUACCAGACUAUCCUGGAAGAUGAAGAAAAGAUGGUCAACCCUACCACAAAGCUGACCAUCAUUGAAGACAAAGUCUACCGAGUUGUACAACUACCUCACAGAACACUCUACCAAAUAUACAUACCUGAAACUCUACGCCUUCAACUGCUUCAACAUUUCCAUGAAGACCCAUUAGCUGGUCAUUUGGGCAGGUUCAAAACCUACAAACGUUUGCAAGCAUUACUGUACUGGCCACAUCUGAGCAUGGAUGUGAAAUCACAUAUCCGAAAAUGUCAGGUUUGUCAAAUGUACAAACCAGAAGGUAGAAAACCUGCUGGCAAGUUGCAGCAAACUGUGGUUACCCGACCUUGGGAAAUGUUAGGAGUGGAUUUGAUGGGUCCAUUUCCUAGAAGCUCCAAUCAGAAUGUGUACAUGCUUGUUUUUGUUGAUUACUAUUCCAAGUGGGUUGAGCUCUUUGCCCUGCGUCAGGCCACAGCGAGGACCGUCUCUAACAUCCUUACGAGAGAGAUCCUGACUCGCUGGGGAGUGCCUGAUUACAUUCUGUCUGAUCGAGGUUCCCAAUUUGUCUCUGAUCUCUUUGGAGAGACCUGCCAAAGAUGGAACCUGAGACAGAAGUUGACCACAGCCUAUCACCCACAGACCAACCUCACUGAGAGAGUAAAUCGAACCUUGAAGACCAUGGUUGCUUCCUAUGUAGGGACCCAGCACAAACACUGGGACAAGCACCUUCACGAGUUUCGAUUUGCCCUGAAUUCUGCUGUGCAAGAGUCCACUGGAGUCACACCUGCAGAGCUGAACCUAAGUCGUCUCCUCCGAGGACCCUUGGAUAUGGUGCUACAGCCCCAGCAGCUUACUCCAGACGCUGCUUGCUAUGACCAGGUAGUCCAUCUCCACGACUUGAGAGCUCUUGUCUCAAGGAACAUGAUCCAGGCUCGACUCAAGCAGAAGAGAAAUUAUGAUAAGAACAGACGAGACCUGCAGUUCCAGCUUCGUGAUCGGGUGUGGUUUCGCUCUCAUCCUUACUCGAAAGCUGAACAAUUCUUCUCGGCCAAGCUCGCUCCUAAAUGGCAAGGACCAUAUAGGAUUGUGGAGCAGGUGGGCCCUUUGAACUACCGAGUGGUGAAAGAGGACACAGGUGAAGAUAUGCGCGUUGUCCAUGUCUCACGCCUUAAGGCCUGUUACCCCUCGGCUGAGGAAUUGGAGGAGAUUGAGCGCCGCAAGGUCCUGGAGAUCUUUGAAGAGGAAAGUGAUGAGGAGACCUUUCUCGGUUUCCCCGACCAAGAUCUGCCUUCCCGGGCAAUGGUCGGCUUUUUCCAGGGGAGGGGGUGUGUGACGGCCCUGAAUAUUUCUGAACCGUCUCAAGGCUUCUCCUUCUAAUAGGGCGCUUCCCCUUUAAUUCCCCAUUAAAUAGCCAGCAUCAGCUGCGCAAAAGAGAAGUUGUGAUUGAGACCUGAAGGAGGAUGUGUACUACCUUCAGUUCAUGAAGCUUCGCCAUGACGUUUGUUUGGUUGCCUUACAGUGUGUUUUGUGGCCUUAAAGCGAGUUUACCCAGGAUUGGAUCCACUCUGUGCGCUGUGGACUACAACUCUCCGUUGGUUUUCGUGGCCUUUCCUCCGCUGGAGGGCUGUUGGCGGAUUGUCUGACUGACCGACUGACUACAACUUUUUGUAUACGGUAUUUCCUUUGUUUGGGGGUGAUGUAUACUGUGAUUUAUGUAGUUGUGAGGACGUAUUAUUCUUUGGGUAGUCUUUGAUACGCUUUAUAGUUGUGUUACAAAAUAAGUGUUAUUUUGAGGGUAUGAAUAUACUGGGUUUAUGCUACGGACAAGCGUUGCGGGACUAAGGGCACUUGAGCCACGGAACUUAUUUACCGGGCUGGACUCUUUUUAUGCCCGAGGUACAGGACAUUUCUAAAUGAACAUAAGUGCAUUGAUUUGUUAUAUUGUUGUGUGUGGGUGGGUGUGAUCAUUUAUGUUGUGAAUACAACCAAGCAAAAGAAUACACUUGUUUGAAGUUCUUUCCAAGGUUUUUAGGGGUUUAUGAAAAGUAUAUUUCCAUCUUGACUUUUACAUAAGUCCUUUGUAUUGGUGUGACUUGACGGACCAGAUGGGACUCAUUCCCUCCCGAACUAAAAGGAGAAACCUAUGCUUUCUCUGGUAGGCACAACCUACCUGGCACCCCUAUAAAUGCCUCAAGUCAAAACCGUUACAAUCUGUGUAAAAUGUGUACAUCUGUGAGGCAAGAAUUUUCUCCUCGUUGGACAUGAAACAAAUUAUUGUGUUUUAUUGUUCUCUCCUGUCCAGUCGUCUGGAGGCCUGGGUUAGGGAUAGGGAGGCCUGGUUUAGGGAGGCCUGGCCUGGGUUAGGGUUAGAGUGAGGGAGGCCUGGAUUAUGGUUAGGGAGGCCUGGAUUAUGGUUAGGGAGGCCUGGAUUAUGGUUAGGGAGGCCUGGAUUAUGGUUAGGGAGGCCUGGAUUAUGGUUAGGGAGGCCUGGGUUAGGGUUAGGGAGGCCUGGCUCAACAGGAGGGUUAGGGAGGCCUGGCUCAACAGGAGGGUUAGGGUUAGGGAGGCCUGGCUCAACAGGAGGGUUAGGGUUAGGGAGGCCUGGCUCAACAGUAGGGUUAGGGUUAGGGAGGCCCGGCUCAACAGGAGGGUUAGGGAGGCCUGGCUCAACAGGAGGGUUAGGGUUAGGGAGGCCUGGCUCAACAGGAGGGUUAGGGUUAGGGAGGCCUGGCUCAACAGUAGGGUUAGGGUUAGGGAGGCCCGGCUCAACAGGAGGGUUAGGGAGGCCUGGUUCAACAGGAGGGUUAGGGUUAGGGAGGCCUGGCUCAACAGGAGGGUUAGGGUUAGGGAGGCCCGGCUCAACAGGAGGGUUAGGGAGGCCCGACUCAACAGGAGGGUUAGGGUUAGGGAGGCCUGGCUCAACAGGAGGGUAAGAGGUUAGGGAGGCCUGGAUUAACAGGAGGGUUAGGGUUAGGGAGGCCCGGCUCAACAGGAGGGUUAGGGUUAGGGAGGCCCGGCUCAACAGGAGGGUUAGGGUUAGGGAGGCCCGGCUCAACAGGAGGGUUAGGGUUAGGGAGGCCCGGCUCAACAGGAGGGUUAGGGUUAGGGAGGCCCGGCUCAACAGGAGGGUUAGGGUUAGGGAGGCCUGGCUCAACAGGAGGGUUAGGGUUAGGGAGGCCCGGCUCAACAGGAGGGUUAGGGUUAGGGAGGCCCGACUCAACAGGAGGGUUAGGGUUAUGGAGGCCUGGCUCAACAGGAGGGUAAGAGGUUAGGGAGGCCUGGAUUAACAGGAGGGUUAGGGUUAGGGAGGCCCGGCUCAACAGGAGGGUUAGGGUUAGGGAGGCCCGGCUCAACAGGAGGGUUAGGGUUAGGGAGGCCUGGCUCAACAGGAGGGUUAGGGUUAGGGAGGCCUGGCUCAACAGAAGGGUUAGGGUUAGGGAGGCCUGGCUCAACAGAAGGGUUAGGGUUAGGGAGGCCUGGCUCAACAGAAGGGUUAGGGUUAGGGAGGCCUGGCUCAACAGGAGGGUUAGGGUUUGGUGUGUUAAAUUCUCCUCUUUCCUGUCCAGUCGUCUGUAUGUGCUGCAGGGAGGCCUGGCUCAACAGGAGUGGAGGGUCCCUGACCUGCUCCACAGACUGCUACAGUACCUAGAGCCCAAACUCACACAGGUCUACAAGAAUGUCCGCGAGCGCAUCGGCAGGUAGGACCUCGCCUUCACACAUUGACCAAACAUUUUUCAUUUUGACAUUUUAAGUUUAGUCAUUUAGCUGAUGCUCUUGUCCAGAGCAGCUUAGUGCCACUAACCACAUCUAACCAUUGAUCUGGGAUAUCUAACCACACAUCAGUCAUAGUUCAUUCAUCUAGGUAUCUAACCACACAUCAGUCAUAGUUCAUUCAUCUAGGUAUCUAACCACACAUCAGUCAUAGUUCAUUCAUCUAGAUAUCUAACCACACAUCAGUCAUAGUUCAUUCAUCUAGGUAUCUAACCACGCAUCAGUCAUAGUUAAUUCAUCUACAGUUGAAGUCGGAAGUUUACAUACACAUAGGUUGGAGUCAUUAAAACUCGUUUUUCAACCACUCCACAAAUUUCUUGUUAACAAACUAUAGUUUUGGCAAGUCGGUUAGGACAUCUACUUUGUGCAUGACACAAGUAAUUUUUCCAACAAUUGUUUACAGACAGAUUAUUUCACUUAUAAUUCACUGUAUCACAAUUCCUGUGGGUCAGAAGUUUACAUACACUAAGUUGACUGUGCCUUUAAACAGCUUGGAAAAUUCCAGAAAAUGAUGUCAUGGCUUUAGAAGCUUCUGAUAGGCUAAUUGACAUAAUUUGAGUCAAUUGUAGGUGUACCUGUGGAUGUAUUUCAAGGCCUACCUUCAAAUUCAGUGCCUCUGCUUGACAUCAUGGGAAAAUAAAAAGAAAUCAGCCAAGACCUCAGAAAAAAAAUUGUAGACCUCCACAAGUCUGGUUCAUCCUUGGGAGCAAUUUCCAAACGCCUGAAGGUACCACAUUCAUCUGUACAAACAAUAGUACGCAAGUAUAAACACCAUGGGACCACGCAGCCGUCAUACCGCUCAGGAAGGAGACACGUUCUGUCUCUUAGAGAUGAACUUACUUUGGUGCGAAAAGUGCAAAUCAAUCCCAGAACAACAGCAAAGGACCUUGUGAAGAUGCUGGAGGAAACAGGUACAAAAGUAUCUAUAUCCACAGUAAAACGAGUCCUAUAUUGACAUAACCAGAAAGGCCGCUCAGCAAGGAAGAAGCCACUGCUCCAAAACCGCCAUAAAAAAGCCGGACUAUGGUUUGCAACUGCACAUGGGGACAAAGAUCGUACUUUUUGGAGAAAUGUCUUCUGGUCUGAUUAAACAAAAAUAGAACUGUUUGGCCAUAAUGACCAUCGUUAUGUUUGGAGGAAAAAGGGGGUCGCUUGCAAGCCGAACAACACCAUCCUAACCGUGAAGCACGGGGGUGGCAGCAUCAUGCUGUGGGGGUGCUUUGCAGCAGGAGGGACUGGUGCACUUCACAAAAUAGAUGGCAUUAUGUGGAUAUAUUGAAGCAACAUCUCAAGACAUCAGUCAGGAAGUUAAAGCUUGGUCGCAAAUGGGUCUUCCAAAUGGACAAUUACCCCAAGCAUACUUCCAAAGUUGUGGCAAAAUGGCUUAAGGACAACAAAGUCAAGGUAUUGGAGUGGCCAUCACAAAGCCCUGACCUCAAUCCUAUAGAACAUUUGUGGGCAGAACUGAAAAAGUGUGUGCGAGCAAGGAGGCCUACAAACCUGACUCAGUUACACCAGCUCGGUCAGGCGGAAUGGGCCAAAAUUCACCCAACUUAUUGUGGGAAGCUUGUGGAAGGCUCCCCGAAACAUUUGACCCAAGUUAAACCAUUUUAAAGGCAAUGCUACCAAAUACUAAUUGAGUGUAUGUAAACUUCUGACCCACUUGGAAUGUGAUGAAAUAAAUAAAAGCUGAAAUAAAUAAUUAUCUCUACUAUUAUUCUGACAUUUCACAUUCUUAAAAUAAAGUGGUGAUCCUAACUGACCUAAGACAGGGAAUUUUUACUAGGAUUACAUGUCAGGAAUUGUGAAACUGAGUUUAAAUGUAUUUGGCUAAGGUGUAUGUAAACUUCCGACUUCAACUGUAGGUAUCUAACCACGCAUCAGUCAUAGUUCAUUCAUCUAGGUAUCUAACCACACAUCAGUCAUAGUUCAUUCAUCUGGGUAUCUAACCACACAUCAGUCAUAGUUCAUUCAUCUAGGUAUCUAACCACACAUCAGUCAUAGUUCAUUCAUCUGGGUAUCUAACCACACAUCAGUCAUAGUUCAUUCAUCUGGGUAUCUAACCACACAUCAGUCAUAGUUCAUUCAUCUAGGUAUCUAACCACACAUCAGUCAUAGUUCAUUCAUCUAGGUAUCUAACCACACAUCAGUCAUAGUUCAUUCAUCUAGGUAUCUAACCACACAUCAGUCAUAGUUCAUUCAUCUGGGUAUCUAACCACACAUCAGUCAUAGUUCAUUCAUCUAGGUAUCUAACCACACAUCAGUCAUAGUUCAUUCAUCUGGGUAUCUAACCACACAUCAGUCAUAGUUCAUUCAUCUAGGUAUCUAACCACACAUCAGUCAUAGUUCAUUCAUCUGGGUAUCUAACCACACAUCAGUCAUAGUUCAUUCAUCUGGGUAUCUAACCACACAUCAGUCAUAGUUCAUUCAUCUAGGUAUCUAACCACACAUCAGUCAUAGUAGGUAAACAUUUAUACAAUGUCCAUAACUUUUCAACCAGGUUCUCCAAGAGAAGACAAGAGAACCUUACGCUUUUUUGUUCUGAUCUUGAUAUCAACCACCACUUUUACAUUUUUGUGUUUGCAUGGAUUUAUUGAUAUAAAACCAGAAGGACUGAAAGAGGUGGAGACCAGCACACUGUCGAAAAAGAGGAAUACAUCCAAAACUUAGGCCUAAAUGCAAAUAUGUAGAUGUUUUCAUUCAUGAAAAUGAAUUAACUAAACUAAACGUAUUCAUCUCCCUUUGCUUCCUCUUUCUCUCUCGCUCUCCUCCCUCCUCUUCUUCAGCGUUCUCACCUACAUCUUUAUGAUAGACGUCAACUUGCCGUACACCCAGCCCACGGCCUCGCCCCGCAUCAAGGAGUUCACAGAGCGGGUGCUGCUGCGCCUCAAACCCCUGAUGGAGGGGGACGAGGAGAUCCAGAACCACGUGGUAGAGGAGAACGAUGUGGGAGAGCAGGACGAGAGGACACAGGCCAUCAAACUACUGAAGACAGGUACGACCCCUAACCCAUCAAACUACUGAAGACAGGUACGACCCCUAACCCAUCAAACUACUGAAGACAGGUACGACCCCUAACCCAUCAAACUACUGAAGACAGGUACGACCCCUAAACCAUCAAACUACUGAAGACAGGUACGACCCCUAACCCAUCAAACUACUGAAGACAGGUACGACCCCUAACCCAUCAAACUACUGAAGACAGGUACGACCCCUAAACCAUCAAACUACUGAAGACUGGUACGACCCCUAACCCAUCAAACUACUGAAGACGGGUACGACCCCUAACCCAGGUACGACCCCUAACUCAGGCCAUCAAACUACUGAAGACAGGUGGGGUAUAUAGUUGAUGGAGUUAAUAAACCCAGGGGUAAAGCCAGAGAAAAGAGUCCCGGCACACUGGAUCACUGGCACAAUGCAGAUUUCAGUAAUUGAAUGUGCCAAACGUUCAGUUUUGAAGACCUUCGUCAGAGCAUACGAUGUAAAAAGGUCUUGUAUUUGUUUCCAGUACUCAAGUGGCUGAUGGCCAGUGCUGGACGCUCCUUCUCCACGGCCGUUCCAGAGCAGCUCCAGUUGCUGCCCCUGCUGUUCAAGGUGGGUGGGUCAAGGAAGGAAGAAACCUUAAAGGAACCAGACUGAGGGGAGGCCUGUCAUCCUCUGGCUGAAUCAUAACAACCCUCAUCUGUCUCCUCUUGUAGAUCGCUCCGGUGGAGAAUGAUGACAGUUAUGAUGAGCUGAAGAGGGAUGCUAAGACCUGUCUGUCUCUGAUGUCCCAGGGACUGCUCUACACAGAGCAGAUACCACUGGUCCUGCUGGCCCUGCAAGAGGUAGGCACACACAAACACACAAAACAGGCCUGACUCAUCUACGACCACUUUACCCAUUCACUGCAAUCCCCAAUGAGAAAAGGUUCAAAAACAGGUCAAACCCCCCAUUGUCAAGCCUCUGGUUCUAACAACUCUCUGAGCCUCUGCAAAAUGUUUGUUUGAAGUGGCUGUGAGUUUUGUGGUACACACUGGAUGGUGUUCUGUCUGGAUUAUGUUACAUUAAUUUGUGGCAUGCAUGCUAUAGAGUGCUGACGUCCCUACAGAUCAUUACCGUUAUGUUGUAAUUAACAUUGUUAUGAUAUAUUCCAGAUAGCAGGCAGCAGUUCGUGGCAUGCUCGCUACACGGUGCUGACGUACCUACAGAUCAUGGUCUUCUACAACCUGUUCACCUUUAUGAGCGACCAGGGAGCCGUCAACGACGUCAGAACACUGGUCAUAUGCCUGCUGGAGGAUGAGCAGCUAGAGGUAACACACACACCACUACACGGAUAUUAACCCAACAACCCAGACAGGCAAGUAGAUCAGACAGGAAAUGUUCUGUUGAUCCAGUUUCUGCUGUCCUGCCUGUGGCUAUGGAACCCUGACCUGUUCACCAGACGUGCUGUUUUCGACUCCCUCUCGCUCCCCCACCCCCGGCUGUCUCGACCUCUGAAUGCUCGGCUAUGAAAAUCCAACUGACAUUUACUCCUGAGGUGCUGGCUAGUUGCACCCUCUACAACCACUGUGAUUAUGAAACAUCUUCAAGAACAAUCUGGCCUUAAUGGCCAUGUACUCUUAUCUCCACCCAGCACAGCCAGAAGAGGACUGGCCACCCCUCAGAGCCUGGUUCCUCUCUAAGUUUCUUCCUAGGUUUCUGCCUUUCUAGGGAGUUUUUCCUAGCCACCAUACUUCUACAUCUGCAUUGCUUGCUCUUUGGGGUUUUAGACUGGGUUUCUGUAUAAGCACUUUGUGACAUCUGCUGAUGUAAAAACUGUUUUAUAAAUACAUUUGAUUUAAUGUAGAACAUGAGUUCAACAGAGAGGAUGAUCAUAGUACAUAAGACUGAAUUUGUGCCCUUGAGCAAGGCACUUAACCCUAAUUGCUCUUGUAAGUCGCUCUGGAUAAGAGCGUCUGCUAAAUGACUAUAAUGUAAAUGAAUGACAGAUGGCGUCAUGACUGAAGAAGACAGAAUGGUAGAUAGGUAGGCCUGGAGGGACAGAUCACAUUGAAGAAGACAGAAUGGUAGAUAGUUAGGCCUGGAGGGACAGAUCACAUUGAAGAAGACAGAAUGGUAGAUAGUUAGGCCUGAAGGGACAGAUCACAUUGAAGAAGACAGAAUGGUAGAUAGUUAGGCCUGGAGGGACAGAUCACAUUGAAGAAGACAGAAUGGUAGAUAGUUAGGCCUGGAGGGACAGAUCACAUUGAAGAAGACAGAAUGGUAGAUAGUUAGGCCUGGAGGGACAGAUCACAUUGAAGAAGACAGAAUGGUAGAUAGUUAGGCCUGGAGGGACAGAUCACAUUGAAGAAGACAGAAUGGUAGAUAGUUAGGCCUGGAGGGACAGAUCACAUUGAAGAAGACAGAAUGGUAGAUAGUUAGGCCUGGAGGGACAGAUCACAUUGAAGAAGACAGAAUGGUAGAUAGUUAGGCCUGGAGGGACAGAUCACAUUGAAGAAGACAGAAUGGUAGAUAGUUAGGCCUGGAGGGACAGAUCACAUUGAAGAAGACAGAAUGGUAGAUAGUUAGGCCUGGAGGGACAGAUCACAUUGAAGAAGACAGAAUGGUAGAUAGUUAGGCCUGGAGGGACAGAUCACACUGAAGAAGACAGAAUGGUAGAUAGGUAGGCCUGAAGGUACAGUGUGUGUGAUCACAGGCCCUUUCCUCCCUGUCUUAAAGCUCUCUGUCUACUGAUUCUGAUUCUUCCUCCUUAUUAUCCCCUUCGGUCCCCCUCUCACUUGUUGCUAUGGAAACCACCGGCUGCAGGAGUAUUCUGUUGCUAGGGGGAGGGGGGGUGAUUUAGCCUUUUCUUUAUUUCUAGAGUCUAAUGACCUGUCCUCUAGAGUCAAAUGUAUUGACAUGUAUUGCCAUGUCUUGGCUGCUUGGUGCCGACCCUUGCUAGGCUACAUUGGUUGUCUUUGGCAGAACUGAAUUGUCUUUGGCAGAACUGAAUAUUAUUUUCAGGAUUGGGGUUAAUACUGUUGUGUAAACAUCUGACCGUGUGUGUGUAUGUAUCAGGGCUCGGUGAUCACUGUGGCGUUUGCAGACUCAACCAUGGAAGGGCCGUGUGUGUGUGUAUGUAUCAGGGCUCGGUGAUCACUGUGGCGUUUGCAGACUCAACCAUGGAAGGGCCGUGUGUGUGUGUGUGUAUGUAUCAGGGCUUGGUGAUCACUGUGGCGUUUGCAGACUCAACCAUGGAAGGGCCGUGUGUGUGAGUUGGUGUGUGUUUGUUAGACUUAUCGUGGACAUUUUGCUGAUAUCGUUUCAUUGCGAUAAAUAACUUAGGGCCCUACUAGAGAAAUGUGAAGUUUGAAAUAAAUGUUUGCUAAGAUGGGUGAUUGUUAACGGGACAACUGAUAGCAUUCAAACUAGUCGUUUUAAUGGUAAAAUAAAUAACUGUAGGGCACAUUAGUGUUAUAAACUUCAGUCAAUUUAUCGGGAUAUGGAUUUCUGUCCAUAUCUCCCAGCUCUAGUCUGUAUGUGUUUGACAGACCAACUGAUCAGGAGCUGUUAGGUCACAUGGAUACUAUUUCUUCAGAAUUAUUUUAUAAAGAGACAUCCAGCAACACAAAAGGCCUGAUGCUGGCUGCAGAUGUAGAUGCCUCUUCCUCCCAGUCCACUGUACAGUACACAUCCUCUUCCUCCCAGUCCACUGUACAGUACACAUCUUCUUCCUCCCAGUCCACUGUACAGUACACAUCCACUUCCUCCCAGUCCACUGUACAGUACACAUCCUCUUCCUCCCAGUCCACUGUACAGUACACAUCCACUUCCUCCCAGUCCACUGUACAGUACACAUCCUCUUCCUCCCAGUCCACUGUACAGUACACAUCCACUUCCUCCCAGUCCACUGUACAGUACACAUCCACUUCCUCCCAGUCCACUGUACAGUACACAUCCUCUUCCUCCCAGUCCACUGUACAGUACACAUCCUAGCUACAGAACCGUGCUGAGCCUUUGUGCGCUCAAGGGUGAGACUGAGUCACUCGAUGAACUCUAAUAGUUUGUUCUCUGUAUAUCUAUACAUGUUUAUAUUCUCUGUUUAUCUUUUGUUAUAUAUUUUUGUUAUAUUCCUGUUAUAUAUAUAUGUUAAUAUUAGUUUAUAUUUUAUGUUAUCUCUAAUGUUUCUCUAUCUAUGUUCUUAUAUUGUUCAUUAUAUAUGUUCUCUUAUGUUUAUCUCUAUUGUUCUGUUAUUUUGUUCUAUCUUCUAUUAUUUUAUGUAUUCUUGUUAUCUCUGUUAGUUCUAUUUUUUGUUUAUCUAUUUUGUUCUAUAUAUUUUUUUUCUUUCUUAUUUUAUCUCUAUUUAUUUCUGUUUCUUUAUCUUUUUUUUAUAUCUAUGUUAAUUUCUGUUCUCUUUACUUUAUGUUAUAUAUUUCUUACUGUUAUUUAUUUAUGUUAUUAUUUUUUCGUUUGUUAUCUCACUUGUAUAUAUUAUAUGUUAUAAUUUCUAUUUAUGUUUUUCUUUUGUUUUUAUUUUAUGUAUAAUCAUUUUGUUAUCUAUUAUUCUUAUAUUUAUUUAUUUAUGUUUCUAUCUUUUUAUGUUCUAUUUUGUUAUAUAAUGUUUUUUUGUUAUAUAUCAUAAAUGUUAUAUAUUUAUGUAUAUCUAUUUAUAUAUGUUAUAUAUAUUUAUGUUAUAUAUAUAUUUAUAAGGUUAUAUAUAUUUUAAAUGUUAUAUAUAUUUGUUAUAUUUUAUAUCUUGUUCUAUAUAUCAUAGAUAAAUUUUUAUUUUUUUAUGUUAUAUAUAUAUAAAUGUUAAUAUAAAUAAUCUUUGUUAUAUCUAUAUAUAUAUAAAUUUUUAUAUAUUUAUGUUAUAUAUUUUAUGUUAUAUUUCUAUAAUGUUAUAUAUAAUAUUAUAUAUAACUGUUUUUAUAUUAUUAUUGUUAUAUAUUUAUUUAUGUUCUAUAUUUAUGUUUAAAUGUUAUAUUAUGUUAUAUAUAUUUUGUUAUAUAUAUCUGUUUCGAUACUAUUUUCUGUUAAUAUUUAUUUUUAUAUUAUAUAUAUUUAUGUUAUAUCUGUUAUAUAUCUGUUAUAUAUAUAUUUUUGUUAUAUAUAUUUGUUAUACUAUCGAUAUUUGCUAUAUAUCUAUAUUUAGCAUAUCUAUUUUGUUAUAUAUAUAAAUGUUUAUAUUUCUUUCUGUUAUAUUUUAUUUCUGUUACUAGAUAUAUUUCUGUUAUAUUUUUUCUAUCUAUUUAUGUUUAUAUAUGUUAUAUUAUAUAUGUUUUGUUUCUAUAACUAUAAAUGUUAUAUUAUUUAUUUCUGUUAUUAUAUAUUUAUGUUAUCAAUAUUAUGUUAUCUAUAUAUUUUUGGUUCUAUAUAUAUCUUUUGUAUAUUAUAUAUGUUUAUAUAUAUUUGUUAUAUAUGUUUUAUAUUAGUUUUGUUUUCUUCUUCUUUAUGUUUCUAUAAAUUAAAUGUAUAUAUAUAUAUUUAUGUUAUAAACUUUAUGUUAUAUUUAUCUUUAUGUUCUAAUAUAUUUAUUUGUUAUAUUAUAUGUUAUAUAUUAUUUAUGUUAUAUAUGUUCUAUUUAUAUUUUGUUAUAUAUAUCUUUUGUUCUAUAUAUUUUAUGAUAUAUAUAUUUAUGAUAUAUAUUUGUGUAUUAUAUAAUGUUAUUAUUUAUUUUGUGAUUUUUAGUUAAUUUUAUUUAUGUUAUUAUAUAUUUAUGUUAUAUUUGUUUAAUAAUUAGUUAAGUAUGUUUAUAUUAGAUCUGUUUUGUUAUAUACUAAUAUAAUGUUAUAUAUUUACUUUUGUUAUAUUUUUCUUUAUGUUAUAUAUUUAUUAUGUUAUAGAUUUUUGUUAUAUACUUUUUCUGUUAUAUAUUUAUAAUGUUAUUAUUUUUAUGUUAUAUUAUUAUGUUAUUUUAUGUUAUAUCUAUUUAUAAAUGUUAUAUAUAUCUUAUUAUAUUUAGUUGAUAUAUCUGUUUAUUUAUGUUCUAUUUUUUUGUUAUAUCUUUCAUUUAUGUUAUUUUUUCUGUUAUAUUUUGUUAUCUUUUUAUUCUCUAUUUUAGUUACAUAUCUAUUUACUAAACUGUUUUUAUGUUUUAUUAUACUUUCUGUUAUAUAUAAUUUUGUUCUCUAUAUUAUGUUCUAUACUUUUGUUAUAUAUUAUAACUGUAUAUUAUUUCUUUGUUCUUCUAUUUUUCUGUUAUUUUCUGUUAUUUCUGUGUUUAUUCUCUGUUAUACUCAUAUUUUGUUUCUCUCAUGUUUCUCUUAUGUUAUCUCGCUUUCUAUAUGUUCUAUACUUUCUUUCUUCUUUUUCAAAAGUUAUCUUCUUUCUGUAUUCUACUCUAUUUAUCGGGUUCUUCUCGUAUCUAUCUAUUUCCCUGUAUCUAUCUCAUAUUGUUCUAUAUUGUUCUCUCUUUACUGUUCUAUCUCUUAGUUAUCUCUCUUUAUAACUGUUACUAUCUUAUAAAUGUUCUAUCUUUAUUUUGUUCUUCUACUGUUUUCUACUAUCUUUUGGUUCUUUUUUUUUCUCUUCUGUUUUGUUCUAUCUCUUUCUGGCUCUAUUUUCUUCUUCCUCUCCCUUGUUCUCUAUCUAUCUUCUCCCUGUUCUCUCUUUACUCCCUGUUCUAUCUCUAUUUUCCUGUUCUCUCUAUCUUUAUCACUGUUUAUUCUCUCUUUCUCCCUGUUCUCUCUCUCUUUCUCCCUGUUCUAUAUCGUUCUCUCUCUCUUUCUGUUCUCUCUUUCUUUCUGUUCUCUUUCUGUUCUCUUUUUCUCUCUCUCUUUCUGUUCCCUCUCACUGUUCUCUCUCUCUCACUGUUCUCUCUCUCUUUCUGUUUUCUCUCUCUUUCUGGUCUCUCUCUUUCUGUUCUCACUCUUUCUGUUCUCUCUUCUCCCUGUUCUCUCUCUUUCUUUCUGUUCUCUCUCUGUUUUCUCUCUCUGUUUUCUCUCUCCUGUUCUCUCUUUCUGUUCUCUCUCUUUCUCUCUGUUCUCUCUCUUUCGGUUCUCUCUCUCUUUCUCCCGGUUCUCUCUCUCUCUCUGUUUCUCUCUUUCUGUUCUCUCUCUGUUCUCUCUCUUUCUGUUCUCUCUCUGUUUCUCUCUCUUUCUGUUCUCUCUCUGUUCUCUCUUUCUCCCUGUUCUCUCUUUCUCCCUGUUCUCUCUCUUUCUUUCUGUUCUCUUUCUCUGUUUUCUCUCUCUGUUUUAUCUCUCUGUUCUCUCUCUCUCUUUCGGUUCUCUCUUUUUUUCUCUCUUUUUUUCUCUCUUUCUGCUCUCUUUCUGUUCUCUCUUCCUCUCCCUGUUCUCUUUCUUUCUCCCUGUUCUCUCUCUCUCUCUCUCUCUCUCCCCGUUCUCUCUCUCUUUCUCCCUGUUCUCUCUCUCUCUCUUUCUCCCUGUUCAAUAUCUUUCUGUUGAGCAGAUAUAGUCAGUACAGACUGGACCAGCCAGCUCCACAUAUGGCCACACACACUGUUGCAUUGUAUAAAUAAUGAACCCUCUCUCCUUCUCUCCCCCAGGUGAGGGAGAUGGCUGCCACCACUCUGAGCGGUUUCCUUCAGUGUAACUUCCUGUCCAUAGAUGGCCCCAUGCAGAGCCACUUUGAGGCCCUCUGCAAGACCCGUCUGCCCAAGAAGAGGAAGAGGGAGCUGGGCUCCGUGGUGGACACCAUCCCCUCUGGAGGUAGCUACUAACACAACUGUCCAUUGCCUUACUUCGAUCACACACUUUCCCUGACUGUGCUACUGUGGGGCAGCAGGUAGCCUAGCGGUUAAGGUCAGUGGUGGAAAAAGGACCCAAUUUUCAUACUUGAGUAAAAGUAAAGAUACCUUAAUAGAAAAUGACUCAAGUAAAAGUGAAAGUCACCCAGUAGAAUACUACUUGAGUAAAAGUCUAAAAGUAUUUGGUUUUAAAUAUAUUUAAGUAUCAAAAGUAAAUGUAAUUACUAAAAUGUACUUAAGUAUCAAAAGUAAAAGUAUGAAUCAUUUCUAAUUACUUACAGUACCAGUCAAAAGUUUGGACACGCCUACUCAUUCAAGGGUUUUUCUUUAUUUUUACUAUUUUCUACAUUGUAGAAUAAUAGUGAAGACAUCAAAACUAUGAAAUAACACAUAUGGAAUCAUGUAGUAACCAAAAAAGUGUUAAACAAAUCAAAAUAUAUUUUAUAUUUGAGAUUCUUCAAAUAGCCACCCUUUCGCCUUGAUGACAGCUUUGCACAGGUAAGGCCAUUCUACUGCCAAUGUUUGUCUAUGGAGAUUGCAUGGCUGUGUACUUGAUUUUAUACACCUGUCAGCAACAGGUGUGGCUGAAAUAGCUGAAUCCAUUAAUUUGAAGGGGUGUCCACAUACUUUUGUAUAUAUAGUGUAUCUUCAUUUUAAGUGGCACGCUAGUGUGAGUAUUAGAACAUAGCAACUGUCUACAUUCAAAGGUCAAUUGUUUACUUGGAACACAGUUGCCAUGGUUGUUAGAUAGGCUUCUAAAAUGCAUUUGUCUUGACCUUGCUGAAUGUGUUAUAGGUCAGUUUUUCAAUGCUCCUUUUCAACCCCCCCCCCCGUGUGUGUAGAUCUAGUGAGGCGUCAUGCUGGAGUGUUAGGUCUGAGUGCCUGUAUCCUGUCCAGCCCCUAUGAUGUUCCCACCUGGAUGCCCCAGCUACUGAUGAACCUGAGCGCCCACCUCAACGACACACAGCCCAUUGAGGUGAGGAGGACUAACCCACAUAGCUCAACGACAUGCUCUCUGUCACUCUCUCUCUCUCUCCUGAAUCUCUCUCGCUCGCUCUCGUUCCUGAAUCUCUCGCUCUCGUUCCUGAAUCUCUCUCUCUCUCUCUCUUUCCUGAAUCUCUCUCUCGUUCCUGAAUCUCUCUCUCUCUCUCCUGAAUCUCUCUCUCUCUCUCCUGAAUCUCUCUACUUGUCUCCUCCUGCAGAUGACAGUGAAGAAGACCCUGUCUAACUUCCGGCGGACUCACCAUGA